CCCGUACUGAGUCCGCCGCCCGCGCCCGCCGCUCUCACCGGGAACGCGCACGCGCCUUUGCGUGUUGUUUCGGCAACUGUUAGAGGGAGUUGUAUGACGUCACCCGUGUUCCCCGGGCUGGAAGAAGUACAUGGGGGAAGGGCGGAGAGUGCGGCUGCAAGGUGAGAGUGUACUCAGCACUGCUCUAUGUGGCGGAGAGCACCCCAGAGCUGGGGGACAACUGUGUGUGUGCGCAAUAUGGCGGGAGGUUCAAAUAGUUCUAUAAACAUUCCAGGAGUCACUGUAUACCGCAUCCACCUAACCAGGGCACCUUAUAGUAUGGGGGAGAGAGAUAGCCAUUACACUGUAUAGCCAUUACACUGGGGGGAGAUAGCCAUUACACUGUAUGGGAGAUAGCCAUUACACUGUAUGGAGAGAUAGCCAUUACACUGUAUGGGGGGAGAGAUAGCAUUAUUACUCUAUGGGGGAGAGAUAUAGCCAUUACACUGUAUGGGGGGAGAGAUAUAUAGCUACACUGUAUGGGGGAGAAUAUAGCCAUUACACUGUGAUUACUGUAUGGGGGGAGAGAGAGCCAUUAUUACACUGUAUGGGGAGAGAGAGCCAUUACACUGUAUGGGAGAGCCAUUACACUGUAUGGGGGAGAGCCAUUACACUGUAUGGGGGGAGAGAGCCAUUACACUGUAUGGGGGGGAGCCAUUACAUAUGGGGGAGAGCCAUUACACUGUAUAUGGGGAGAGAGAGAUUCAUUACACUGUAUAUGGGGAGAGAGGCAUUAUGGCAGGGGAUAUGAUCAUAUACCAGCUGACCGUGCUGCAACAUGCAGUGCUACCUUUAAACAACCACUGUGUAUUUAUUUACUGUGCUAUGUAUUGUUUGGAAACCUAGUCAGACGACACAGCAUGACUGACCAAGUCAGUUACUAGUUUCAAGCAUUGAAAUGGUCUGUCCCUUAAUCUACAGACCUUAUACACUGAAGUGUGAAAGUUGAAUCUUUGCAAAGUUAAUCUGUGUUAUGUAUAUAAUGCAUGCAUUUCACAGGCACUGAACUUUAUAGAAGCACCACCUUUUGAUUGGCAGGUUGUCUCUACAUGUUUACGUAAAAAAUUGAGCCAGUGCUAAUAUGACAUUUUGGGUUCUAGUGGAAAUGUAGACCCUUUAAUGAAAACUGUGUAGUUAAAAAUAACCCACAUUAUUAUUGCCAUUAUUACAUUACAACCUAUAUUAUGCAUUAAAAAAGGUAAAGUAAUUUAAUGGGUUAAAAAAAUCAAAACAACAAAUAUUUUAAUGUUUCCUUCAGAAGUUACAGGUAGAUCUCCACCAAACUUGUAUAGAGCACUAGGAGAAAAAGUAUAGCUUUUUAGGCUGCAAUAGGGCUUUAAAAAAAACAAAAAAACAGCUUGCCGCCAAAAUUAUGUCCUUGGCGUCAGGUGAUAGGACACCCCUUCUCUGUGAUUAAAAUAACACUUUGGUGAGCUGUAGUGGUUAUGUUGUCAGAGGUUUUCUUUCUUGUAAGUAGUUAGACCGUUUUCUAACCACACUAUGCUGAUAGAGUUGAAAGCUACUGAUUAGUAGUUUGCUUUAGAACUCCUGUGCUAAGCUCUGCAUCGGCAAAUGGAUUGCACUAAUCCAAUGAGCCAAGUGCUGUAUUUCUGGGCUUAGAUCAGACUGUCGAAAAGCUGAAAUAGAGACCGCACUUGGCAUAUCUAAUUUAAGAAGUCGAACGGCUUACAUCAAGGGGCUGCCUGAGCACUUUUAACACCAUAACCACUAUAGUAGGUCAUAGCAGUAAUGGCUCUUGGAGUGUUCAUUUAAAGACCAAUUAGAUUCUUUAGUCAUGUCCUGCUUAAUUCCAUCAUUAGCUCUACAUAACCCUGCUAUCAUUAAAUAAGCAAUGAAUUCCAGUUUGGAAUAUGAUCGCUAAAACGGACCAGUCACAUUUAGGUUCUCGGUCUUUCGUUUGUAAAUGUUACAAGUAUGGUAUAUGAUUCAGAUUAGAAAAUAAGGGUCUACAGAAGAUCCCAUAAGUCUUUGGGAUUCUCCACAGAUUCUCAUUCGUGAUAUGCUGUGGACAUUUUAUUCACAUCAUGAGAGAAGAUGUCUAGAUGUCUACUGUCACAAUUGAUUCACGUGAACUGCAUGGCAUUCCUGAUUUUAAUCAAUGGUUUUUAGCAGUUUUCCGAAGCAUAAACGAACAAAGUAUUCCCAGGAUUGGCGUAUGUGCCAGUGAGUGAUGUCGCAUGUUCGUGACCCUUCUUGACUCUUGGAAGAAUCAUGUGCAGGAGAGUUGCCAUGGCCUUUUCAUUGGAUUGAAAUAAUAAAUUAAAGGGACACCAACACCACAUCUUACUGUAGAGAUUUUGAUGGAAGUUAAAAACAAGAAAUAAAAGUGGCCUACACAGCAUAUAAAUGGAGCGGUCAAAAAAAUAAAAAAAAAAAAUAAAAUAUAUAUAUAUAUAUAUAUAUAUAUAAUGAUGUGUGUGUGUGUAUAUGUUUUUUUUUUUUCCGUUCUAUUGAGUUUCAGUACACUUUUGUUUUUUUUGUAAACUCAAAAACGAUCAAAUAUAUAGUGCAACACUAAUCUCUAAAAGAUGGUGCAGGAUUCAAACUUGACACACUCACAUUGGGUGGAUCCUAAAGUAGAUUGGCUCAAAUCAGAUAAAGUACAUUUAAAAGGACGAUAGUCACCCAGACCACUAUGAAAAGUGGUAUGGUUCCAGUGUCACUGUCCUUUUAUCCCUGCAAUGUAAAACAGUGCAGUUGUUAGAAACUGCCUGUGCACUGGGGAAAAAUAAGAUAAGUAAAAUUUAUUUUUUCUUUUCCUUUUUUUUUAUUUUUUAUUGCACAUGGGGAAUGAAUAUGUGAAAAUACUCUCUGUGGGACAUUAAAGGCACACUAUAGUCACCUAAAUUACUUUAGCUAAAUAAAGCAGUUUUAGUGUAUAGAUCAUUCCCCUGCAAUUUCACUGCUCAAUUCACAUGUCAUUUAGGAGUUAAAUCACUUUGUUUCUGUUUAUGCAGCCCUAGCCACACCUCCUCUGGCUAUGAUUGACAGAGCCUGCAUGAAAAAAAAACUGGUUUCACUUUCAAACAGAUGUAAUUGUAUCUCAAUCUCUAAAUUGAACUUUAAUCACAUACAGGAGGCUCUUGCAGGGUCUAGCAAGCUAUUAACAUAGCAGGGGAUAAGAAAAUCUUAAUUAAACAGAACUUGCAAUAAAGAAAGCUUAAAUAGGGCUCUCUUUACAGGAAGUGUUUAUGGAAGGCUGUGCAAGUCACACGCAGGGAGGUGUGACUAGGGUUCAUAAACAAAGGGAUUUAACUCCUAAAUGGCAGAAGAUUGAGCAGUGAGGCUGCAGGGGCAUGUUCUAUACAUCAAAACUGCUUCAUUAAGCUAAAGUUGUUCAGGUGACUAAGGUGUAGUGUUUCUUGAGCCUAUAGCGACCAUUUAAAUGUAAUAAACCUUUAAAAGCAAUAAGUGAAUAUUUGUUGACUGUUGUCUUUUAAUGUAGUGGUUUUGAUGUAAGGCUGCAGGAACAGGCUAUUUGCAUUUGUAAACACUGCCAUUCCCCGUAGAUUUAUUAGAAUAACGCAUCAUGAUCUCUUAGAAGAUGCUGAUAGGUGCAAAUUGCCAAUGCAUCUCAAUUGGCUUUUAUUUACAUUGGAUAAAAGACUAACAUUAGACGUAUGGUUUGUAUUAUUAACAUUGGCGUUUCCCUUUAACGUUUAAUAAAAACCCUGUCUGUGUGUAUCUGAAUUUACACUCCACAACUGCUCUUUAUAAAUAACAUUCCCAUAUGCUCCUCCUUGUACAAAUAAUUGUAAUUGCAUUCCAUAGGAUUAAAAAUGGAGAGGCAUAAGGGGUAUUCACAACAAUACGGAUAUUUCUUUGCUUACAGAUAUAUUUUAUUUCAUAUGGACAUUUAAAGUGUUUUACACAGAUAUAUCUGAAAGGGAUGUUCUUUAUUUGCUGAAUGUCUAACCCCAAUAGAUUUUUCAAAAGUCAUGUUAAUGUGGAUCAUUGUCUUUUUUUUUUUGUUUUUUUUUUUUUUUCCUCCUUCACUUUGUUUCUAGGUGUAGCCAUGGACAGUAUCAGAUUUGCUUCAGCUGGAGAUGAUGUUAAAAUAUGGGACUCCUCAUCCCUGACUGUUGUAGAACAGUUCAAUCCACACAGUGCAUCACAUCCUGUAUCAUCUUUGUGUUGGAGCAGCAAGAGUAUCCUUCCAUGUGUGCAUAAUUCAGAUUUCUUUUCAAGGCUGCUUUUGUUGACUUGAUGAAUAGGUCUUACUCUCAAUUUAAGGUUCAAUUUUACAUACGAGCCAACAUAAUAUUGGUAUUUCUCAUCAAAGAUAGAAGAUGUUUUAUUUGUUUUUCAUUCAGGAAAGAUCUUUAUAUUUUUACAUUAGGUAACCUUGCAAGGCAGAAAUGAAAGGGAUUGGUAAAAAGCAUCUUUUCAGUCUACAUUUUUUUUUCUUUCCAUUUUUGUGAGCAGUGUGAACACAGUAGGAAAAAACCCACUAGUCUUUUAAAGAUAUUUUCUGCCCAUUCUGAUAGUGUAACCCUUUUACAGAUUGCAUUACAAGGAGUUUUCUGUGUCCCUGAACACAUUUGCCUAUUAGCACAGUAACUUGUGAAAAUCUUUAGAUUAAAGGGACACUAUAGUCACCAAAACAACUUUAGCUUAAUGAAGCAGUUUUGGUGUAAAGAUCAUGUCCAUGCAGUCUCACUGUUCAAUUUUCUGCCAUUUAGGAGUUAAAUCACUUUGUUUAUGAACCCUAGUCACACCUCUCUGCAUGUGACUUGCACAGCCCCCCUAAACACUUCCUGUAAAGAGUCAUCUAAAGUUUAUCCUUCCUUUAUUGCAAGUUCUGUUUAAUUUAGAUUUUCCUAUCCCCUGCUAUAUUAAUAGCUUGCUAGACCCCGCAAGAGCCUCCUGUAUGUGAUUAAAGUUCAAUUUACAGAGAAAGAGAUAACAUUGUUAAAGGUAAAUUACAUCUGUUCAAAAGUGAAACCAGUUAUUUAUUUAUUUUUUCAUGCAGGCUGUGACAGAGCCAGGGGAGGUGUGACAAGGGCUGCAUAAACAGAAACAAAGUGAUUUAACUCCUAAAUGUCAGUGAAUUGAGCAGUGAAACAUGAGAGGCAUGAUCUAUACAUUAAAACUGCUUCAUUAAGCUAAAGUUGUUCUGGUGACCAUAGUGUUCCUUUAAACUCUAUUCGGAGAUGUCAAAAGGAGUAGUUUGAGAGUUUCCCUGCCUGUUUGGGUAAUUGCAUGGUAUACGUUUGCUGAACUGUUACAUGGUAUAGCCGUAUAGCCAACCUUCUCCUAAUAGACGUCUUGACAGCUUUCUCUGUGUGUUUGAUUGCUUCUUACAAUGACGUUUUAUGUCAAUAGAGCUAUAUGUAAACUAAUGGCAUCUGCAAUCCAAUCUCAGCAGCGCUGUCCUUUUUUUUUUUUGGAACUGCAGUCAACUGAUGAACUUCAUUCUAUACCAACCCCUGAGCAGGUACAUGGUACUUUAUACAGCCAGUCAGACUAUAUGCACAAAACACAGCAAGUGCAAUAAGUCCCAGUUGCCAUGAAAGCAACCUUUUAGGCGAAAACUGUUUUUCACUUGUACUGUGGGGGUCCCAGGCUCACGUUAUUGAUUAAGGUAAUUGAUACUGGUUAACCUAGUGUGUUGUCCAGAGAUGAGGGAGUAGGACUAGCGUAAGGCUGCUCAGAAACUGGAAAAAAUAGCGAUCCACUAAAACAUAAAAGAAUAACUAGAAAGAGACACCAGAGGUGUCUAAAAAAAAUACCAGGAGCUAGCCUAGAAUAUGGCUACAAAUGCGUGAAUGCCUAUAAAAGAAGAUAUACUAAUAGUGGUGCUGUACCUUUAAGGGAAAUCUAGAUAUCCGAGUAAAAACAGUAUAAAUAGAUACAUUAAUAAAUAAGUGGAUGAAUAAAAAUAUGAAAGAGUAAAAAAUUAAAAAUAAGAACAAAAAAAAUAAAAAAAAUAAAUGGUUAAAAUAAAAGAUAAGAUAUAUCUGGAACAGAAAUGUGCAGUGCAAGUGUCUUAAUUACUGCUAUGAAGCAGAAUAACUGGCAUCUGUACCAAGUGAUACUUAGUAUCUAGUUUGGAUAUACAUAUAAAAAAUGUAUCAUAUUGUAGCAAUACAGUAUGAGGAACUGCAGGCUAAAAUAUUGUUACACAAUGUAAUCAGCAACAGAUGUAAAGCAAUGGUUCUCAAACUGGAUAGAAAUAAAAGCCAGUUUACUUGGACAAAUAAUGGUUAAAAUAUAUGAAAAAUAAGUACAAUUAAAAAAUACACAUCAGGAAAAGUUCAUAUAGUUGUUACCAGAUGGUAUGAUGUCAGACCUAUGCAGAAACCUUCGGUUUAGAUGAGGAUGGAUAUGGAUUGAAAUCCUUGCCGUUUGCGAUAAUUUCGCCGGAGAGGACAGCGCGUUAGUUCACCAUGCGUCCCUGCGGGAGCCUCACUCCGGAGGGACGUGUGCUGUGAGCGGUUUCGUUUCAAUAGACAAACCAAUAGGUCCUGGAAGGAUGCUGACUGAAUAACGUGCGUGUGGUAAGUCUGGAUCCUGAUGUGUGUCCAAAAGUCUUGCGCGUUUCGUAGGUGUGCCCCUACUUCUUCAGAGACAGAUGGAGAACCAGUGCUGCAGUAGUACUUUAUAUACAAAUACUGCUAAUCGGUCAAUAUGGUUUUCUAUGUAUUUAAUUAUAAGUUUUACAUAAUUUAAAUGACCUAAUGGCAUGAUAUAUAAACGGUAAAAAGACAAAAGUGAGUAUAUAGAAAAGAAUUAUAUGAAAAACAGAUUAUACGUACAAAGUAUAAUUAUACAAUAAAAACACAUUUUUAUCAAUGUUGACCACCGACUUGUUCAGGGCUGCAAAUUACAACGUUUUGUAUCUUUGUAUGUGCAACAUUUGCACCGUCCAUUCAAAGUGUUGAAGUGGGCAUGGUACUUGGAGUGACCCUUUAAGGGCAGAUCGCACUGCCCCAUAUAGGUUCACGCAAUACUUUUACAAUUGGUUUUAAUAGUUGGAAGUAAAAUAAAUUGGAAUUUACAUCAGACUUUGUUGCGAUAUCGGGUAGAUUAUACUGAUUCACAAGCUUUUACUACAUUGGGCCUAGGGUGCUUUUAGCACCGUUCACUUGUCUUAAUUUCACUCAAAAACUCCUUGCUGGAACAUGUCAGAAUAACUGGAUAUGCAGAAAAUUGGUUUCAGGACACACAUCUAGCACCAAAACCCAUACACUUUCAAACUAAGACUAAAUAAAGAAAAAUUGGCUAAUGGAUAGGACUCACAUUAUGUGCAGUGAGAUUCCUGCAUUAAUGAGUCAUUGAUGGAAAGAGAGUCAAUUUAUAUUAGGGCAAUGGAACAUUUCUGCUCAGUGAACAAAUUUGUUUCCUUUUAGCUGGUCUCUAGUGCAGACUAAGAAAACAAUUACAAAUCAGAAAGUGAUGCUUUAUUCACCCUGUGCAAUAAACAUUGCAAGCCAGCUCUGGUCAGUCCAUCAGGAUAGGAAAAGUAAUUGGUGUAUUUGGCAGGGUGAUGCUUGAUUUAUUUUAUCAGCCUUUCAGUUCAAUUACUACAUCUUCCCACUUGCAAUAAAGAAAAUGACUAAUGGCAAUCACCCUCUCUGAGAGAAAGUAGCCAGACCUUGUUACCAGGGUCAGAAUGGUUUGGAAUUACCUUGCAAGCUGGGUAGGGGUUCUAAGGAUACUAGAUAAGAUAGAUCUUUAUCACCUGUGCUUAAAAAUAUGCUUAUUACAUUUGUAGAUGUUCAAAUGUAGGUUUACCUUUCAGAUGAUUGUGAUUAAAAAUAACUGCUGAAGUUUGUAUGUGGUUGUUUUUUUGUUGUUUUUUGUCAUUGGGAAAAUUAAAUAUCUAGGUUGGGUAUCAGUUAGAUUGUGAUCUCAAAUUUACCUUUCUCACAUCUAUUCCUCUUAUCUUCCUCUAUCUUAAUUUUUCCUUUCUUAUCUUCUCAAUAAAUACAUAAGACAAAGUAGGUCCCUACUUUGUCUCAUGUAUUUUUCCUAUGCUUCAUAAUACGUGACAAAGGGUGGAGCUUAAAGUGGCAUUGUCACUCCAUACUGUACUGAACUUUGUCUGUGUUUCGUCUGAUCUUCCUCUUUCUUAAUUGAAUCUUCUUUAAAAAAAAAAAAAAAAAUCUAUUUCUAUUUAAGAACGAGACAAAGUAGGGUUAAUCUCUAAUCUUCCUGAUUUAUUUUAAAAACUUGACAAAUCUCAGAUGUUCUUGAUGGCAGUAUAAGCGUAUUAGAUACAGGGACACCUAUACUUCUUUCUUUCUAUUUCCUCAUCAGCAAGGAAAGAAUUGUAUUUAAUAAUUAAAAACAAUAACCCUAGCAAAAGGGUUAAUGAUCAUAUCACAGUAUGUAUCCACCCAUGUGACCCAUAGCUAACUCCUCUUUCUGUCCAGUUUGUGCUGUAUUUUACAUGUUCUUCCCAACAACUGCUUUAUAUUGCUAUUUUUGCAUAGUCUGCUUUUCCUUUUUACCUUUAUAUUGUUACAUUAAAAUUACUUUGUGUUCUGCCCAUUGUCAUUCUUAUUCCUCCUUGCCUUUGUAAAAUUAAUGGGUUGGUUGUAACCCAAUUUUGUGUUGAUUUUAUUGUGCUUUCCCAGCAUGGUCUUAUUGUGAGUCAUCUUGCAGGACCUGCAGGAACAAUCACAUUGAUUAGCGUAUGUGCGUUCUGCGGCAGCCAUUUUUUGAGUGGUCCAUUUUCUUUUACCUUUGCUUGUGACACGUGGGCAUCCUGAUUGGCUGCUCUUGUUGCUGGUCAGCUUGCCUGUGUUUCCCUCAAGACAUUCCAGAGGGAUCACUUGGUAAGCUAGCCCAUGCUUCAUACCAUCUAUGCGAUUUGGUUAACUGUACUUGUUACUAGUGAGUGCCUUGAGUACUACGUUUUUUUUUUUUUUUUUUUUCUUAAGUCUAUUCACUUGUGGACUAGUUAAAGGAACAUUCCACUACACAUAUGAGCAAAAAAAUAGAAUUCAGUGUUUAGCAGAUAUACUCCCUACGCAUAGACUUAUUCAUUCGGGAUAUAUCUUAAAACCGUUUGCAAAAGGACUCGUAUGAGGGGAGUAGAGCGUGCCUGAGCCUUUCUUUAGCUCAGGGGAGCUAGCAGAAGCAAGAAGAAACCUCCCUGGCUGUUUGACGGUGUUUCGUUAAUUAUUUAAAAUAGUACUGAUUUCUAAUAGUAAACUGUACUUUUACAAACUGGUUUUAUUGUGCGACACUCCUCACCCGUAAAGCUUUGAGUGUUGAGUUGUCCUUUAAAAUUGUUUACUUCUGCUUUCUGCUGAUUACCUGAUAUUGCUCUUUCUACUGGGGCUGUACUUAGGCUAUAUAAUUAUAAUAGUGACCGGUUUUAUUUUUUUUUUAAUUUUUGCAUGCUAUAUUAUGCAAUCCUUUUAUGGACCAGAGAUGUCCACUGCUGGACCUUCUAUUGAUCUGCCUAGUCUGGGGUCCCUUUCCUCUCUGAGUAUGAAAUUGAAAAGGCCAUACAGGAGCAAAUUAAUUCUGAAGAAUUCCAUUCACUCCUUGACACCAGAAUGACCAAAUCGGUCACACGUGCCAUGGGAGGGACAUCAGAUAAUCUCUCCCUCUCAAUUAGUCAUGCAGUUUUCAGAUAGAUGCUGGGCACGUUCUUCCUUUUUAAUUUUUUUUUUUAUAAAUUCUUUAUUUCGAAGAUCUUGUUUUAUGGGGGAGGGGUACAGAAAGAAAAAUCUGGGGGUAAAAGUAUAUAGCGCAUACAUCAAAUAUGUAGUUUCAUUUAUACAAAUUGUACAAGUAUACGGGUGUUUCAUUAGAGGUUUCAACAUAAUUUAACCUAUGUACAUGUUGGUAAAAUUACUACAUUAGUGAGGUUAUCUUCCCUUUUUAUGGAAUUAUAAUAGGUGAGGAGGGAAUACAGAAAGAAGGCACAAUGGGGAAUCCCGUAUACCACUUUGACUUUCAUCUGCAAUUCUUGUACAGGGGUUAAUCAAUACCGGUAAGUUACAGGCUUCGUGACCCUGGUGUUAAGAUCUGUAGCUAUUGUGAUGGCAUCACUGCAGACUGUGGUGCCUCGGUGUGUACAUUGUCGUUCGUCGCUGUGGUGUGAGAGGGGGGUAGGAGAAGGGGGUUUGUCUUGUUCUGAUUCCUCCUGGAAGGCCUUUCUGUGCAAGCCAAGGGCUGGCCAUAUGUCCCCUCCUGCUUGAGCAGCGUACGAGAUGCGUACUGAGCCUUCAUCCAUGUCGUGGAGGAGUUUAUGGCCAUAAGGUGUGAUGGGUGCUUCCCUGGCUGGCCAUUCGCCCCAAUGUUCCUUGGGAAUCUAAGUUCCACUUUGACUAGGACUGCAUCACAGGAUGUAAAAUUUUCACCUCUCUUCUUUCCCAUCCAUGGCAGACCAUGGCAGACUUUGGCAAUCUUGUGGAGCCAGAGUUUGCUCCCUUAUGGUAAAUCUUCGUUCACCUUACGUUUCUUCUCUUUCAAAAGUGAGUGGGAGAUAUUGACUUCAUAUGCCUGGAUCCUGCAAAGUGUUCAAGACUAUCGGUUCAAUUUUUGUGCGCUCCUCAGUUUAGACCACCUUUCCGCACAGGAUCAUCUUCUUGGCAAAAGACAAGUCUCUUGUGUCUGCAGAGAUUCUAGCCUGAGAAGAAAAAGGCCCCAUCAUACUGGUGUCACCUUCUACUCAGAGUUUCUUGAGCAACUACUAAGAGAGGAGGAAUAUAUCCAGUGAUAAAUCAACGUUCUCUGAAUGCAUUUGGGAAAUACCAUUUCAAAAUGGAGGGUAUUCAUUACGUAUGGGAAUUUGACCUGAAAAAUGCGUAUCUAAUCGUUCCUAUUGCCGACAAUUGCCAAGACUACUUUUAAUUCCUUUGGAAUGGAACUAUUCAUUGCCUACCAAUGCUUCACAUGCCUCCCCCUUUGAUCUCUCUUUGACCCCUUGGUGUUUCACCAAGCUGCUAAAAUCAGUGGUCGCUUUUCUUCUCCAUUUGAUAACUUACCUGGACGACAAGCUCGUUAUGGUUCAGGACGCAGAGUUUCUUCAUCAUCUAUCAUAUCCAUCCAUCAUCUCUCUUCCACAUUUAAUUUUUGGGUUUCAAUAUCCGUUCCAUCCAAGGGAUCAAGAGCAUUAGGAACGAUAUCCAUCAGGUUCUCUUUAUCCCGUAAUCACUCUUCAGCUUUCCAGAACAAUAAGACGCUUGUGGUAAAUGGUCUUCAGCAGAGAAGUCCCUAUAUCCAUUGUCUCAAACGCCUAGUUGGGUUCAUUUGCUCAGCAACGUUUCCUGGGAGCUAUAUCACUUGGGAGGUUCAAAAUCACUGGUUCUGGUGGACACUGCUAAGAAAUUCUGGCAGAUCUGUGUGUAUCUCAGUCUAUCAGUUCAAGCAGAGUAAAUCCCUGGUCUGACCAAUACAGUGGCGAAUUGAAACUCCAGGCACCUGGAGUAUGCCAUCGAUUGGUGCCUGUACUGCAUCAUCGUCAUUUGAUUGCAGUUACUUUAGGGACCUCUAGACAAAGACCUUUUUGCAUCUCGCUUGAACUCUCAAUAUUCGACCUUCUACACCUGCAUACCGGACCCAGAGUUCCUGACAUCAGAUACUUUUAUACAACCAUGGCCAGUUGCCCGCCAUUGUCUUUCCACCUUUCUUCCUCAUAGCUUGCACUCUACUCCAUCUGAGACUCUAUCGAACCACUCUGAUCAUCAUAUUUCUAAUCUGGACUGCUCAACCAUGGUUUCUGACACUCAUGGAGUUGUCUUUUGACAUUCCAAUAUUACUCUCUUUCUUUGGACCACUUCUUGGACUCCGGCGGGUACUCAAAUCCCCUUCUAGUUUAGGGACAUCUCCGACUUCUAGGUUGGCUCUUCUCUGGUUUGUCUCGGACGUUCCACAGUCAACUAUUGGCAGAAACGUGGGCUCUGGGAACAAGACAAUCCUACCACCAUGCCUGAAAUUUGUGUUUGUGCAUGGAACACAUGGAUUCUGCUCCUCUGAAAUAUAUUGAUCUUACAAAUCUUUUUUGACCAUGGUCUGGCUUAAUGUGUGAUCAGUCUGCAAUUUUAUUGUCUUCUCAGAGGCAUCAGGUAUGCUUGACCACCUCAACUUAGGGAAGUGUUUCUACUUCUCCAUCUUUUGGAAUCUUGUCCAGAUGAUGAUGAUGAUGAUAAUAUGAGCACUCUCGACUAGUCAUGCUCUUCUGCCUGAUAUCCUGCAAGCGUGUUUUAGAUGCCUGAGCUUUGAAUAUUGAUGCAUGUUCAUAUCUGCGCAAAGUUUAUUUUAAUAUCAUUAGAUGAGCUAAGACUGCAAUUAAAUCUCUUAUAUCCUUGUUUUCCUGUCAAACUGAAGUUAUGCCCUGUCUUAUGGCGUAGGGAUCAGACUGAUGGAUUUUGAAAUUCUGCUCGCCUAGAGUUGUUUCGGGCUUUACAGAGUCCUCAUUGCCGCUACAGUCCUCAUCAAGUGUCACCCUGGUCACCCUGGCCUGUUGGUUGCGAUGGAUCAUGACAUCCCCUGGGGUUGAUACUUCAGUGUUUGGAGCACACCCAAUGGGUUGCCGACUCGAAGUACCUCUGAAAGCUGCUGACUGAUCUUAUGAAUCUAGGGAGUACUAUUUUCAUUAAAUUCUAUUACUAUUACUAUUACUAUUUCACAGCUUCGAACUAGCCUAUAUGAAACUCUGUAUCUUCUAAUAUAAUAACUAGACUUUACUACUAACAUCAUGCAAAGUUAUGAUUUUAUUAAAGACACAGAGGCAAAUAUUAGCGCAGCCUGAUUUUAUUUUAUUCCCCAUUGGUUAUUACACUUUGUUUUACAAUAGGUUUAUGUAUUUUGACUUGUACAUGAGUCUUAAGUAAUUCCAAAAUAGCUUUGCUAUACUUAUGAUUACUUUAGGUGUUUUCAAAUAUUUCAUAUCAUUGAUGCUUAUGAUUAACGUGAUUUGUGGUCUUAUUUCUACAUCUCUGUUCCUAUUUUACUACAUAAUUUUUUCUUUUGUUUCAGCUUGUGGUCCCAUUUCUGAUAUGCAUAGUCCUGUUUUCUUCAGCUGAAUAAUUUACUUUGAUCUCCAGAUUUUCUUCGUAUGACUUCAUCCUUGGUCUUCACCGGCGAUUAUUGAUGUUAAUGGGAUCCUAUAGUGCCAGGAAAACAAAGCUGUUUUCCUGGCACUCUACAGUUGCAAGAAAAAGUAUGUGAACCCUUUGGAAUGAUAUGGAUUUCUGCACAAAUUGGUCAUAAAAUGUGAUCUGAUCAUCAUCUAAGUCACAAUAGACAAUCACAGUCUGCUUAAACUAAUAACACACAAAGAAUGAAAUGUUGCCAUGUUUUUAUUGAACACACAAUGUAAACAUUCACAGUGCAGGUGGAGAAAGUAUGUGAACCCUUGGAUUUAAUAACUGGUUGAACCUCCUUUGGCAGCAAUAACUUCAACCAAACGUUUCCUGUAGUUGCAGAUCGGACGUGCACAACGGUCAGGAGUAAUUCUUGACCAUUGCUCUUUACAGAACUGUUUCAUUCUUGGGAUGUCUGGUGUGAAUCACUUUCUUGAGGUCAUGCCACAGCAUCUCAUUAGGGUUGAGGUCAGGACUCUGACUGGGCCACUUCAGAAGGCGUGUUUUCUUCUGUUUAAGCCAUUCUGUUGUUGAUUUACUUCUAUGCUUUGGGUCAUUGUCCUGUUGCAACACCCAUCUCCUGUUGAGCUUCAGCUGGUAGACACAUGGCCUUAAGUUCUCCUGCAAAAUGUCUUGAUAAACUUGGGAAUUCAUUUUUCCUUCGAUGAUAGCAAUCUGUCCAGGCCCUGACGCAGCAAAUCAGCCCCAAACCAUGAUACCCCCACCACCAUACUUCACAGUUGGGAUGAGGUUUUGAUGUUGGUGUGCUGUUCCUUUUUUCGCCACACAUAGUGUUGUGCGUUUCUUCCAAACAACUCAACUUUGGUUUCAUCUGUCCACAGAAUAUUUUGCUAGUACUGCUGUGGAACAUCCAGGUGCUCUUGUGCAAACUGUAAACGUGCAGCAAUGUUUUGUUUGGACAGUAGUGGCUUCCUCUGUGGUAUCCUCCAAUGAAAUCCAUUCUUGUUUAGUGUUUUACGUAUUGUAGAUUCGCUAACAGGGAUGUUAGCAUUUGCCAGUGACUUUUGUAAGUCCUUAGCUGACACUGUAGGAUUCUUCUUCACCUCAUUGAACAGUCUGCGCUGUGCUCUUGCAGUCAUCUUUACAGGACGGCCACUCCUAGGGAGAGUAGCAGCAGUGCUGAACUUUCUCCAUUUAUAGACAAUUUGUCUUACCGUGGACUGAUGAACAGCAAGGCUUUUUGAGAUACUUUUAUAACCCUUUCCAGCUUUAUGCAAGUCAACAAUUCUUAAUCGUAGGUCUUCUGAGAGCUCUUUUGUGCAAGGCAUCAUUAACAUCAGGCAAUGCUUCUUGUGAAAACCAAACCCAGAACUGGUGUCUGUUUUUUUUUUUAUAGCGCAGGGCAGCUGUAACCAACAUCUCCAAUCUCAUUGAUUGGACUCCAGUUGGCUGACAUCUCACUCCAAUUAGCUCUUGGAGAUGUCAUUAGUCUAGGGGUUCACAUACUUUUUCCACCUGCUCUGUGAAUGUUUACAUGGUGUGUUUAAUAAAAACAUGGCAACAUUUCAUUCUUUGUGUGCUAUUAGUUUAAGCAGACUGUGAUUGUCUAUUGCUGUGACUUAGAUGAUGAUCAGAUCACAUUUUAUGACCAAUUCAUGCAGAAAUCCAUAUCAUUCCAAAGGGUUUGCAUACUUUUUCUUGCAACUGUAGGUGUAAAAGGUCCCCCCCUCUCUUGCUCCCCUCACUCCAGCGGGGCUGAAGGGGUUAAAGCCCCUUCAGCCACUUACCUGAGUCCAGGCUCCGCCCGCGCUCUUCCCCCAGCGGGGGAAACCUAAUGCACAUGCGCAGCAAUGGCAAAUCUGACGCUGGAGGUCCACAUGCAUGGCAUGAGGACGUCUAGUAUCAGAUAACGGACAAAAAGUCCAUUUGGAUUCAGGAAACCAGUGGUUGUCUGGUAGAUAGCCACAGAGGGCAGACUUAGAGCUGCAAUAUAAACAUUGCAGUUCUCUGGAAAAGCAAUAUUUCACAUUGCAGCACUAAGUGCAAUAGUGACACAGCACCCAGACACCUUCAAUUAGCUGAAGUGGUCUGGGUGCCUACAGUGUCCCUUUAAUGUUUACAUGGUUAUUUUGUUGUGUUCUUUGGUAGCAUUAUCAAGAAUGAGAUGUGGCUUAAGGUCGCAUGGGUGGAUAUGUACUGUGGGAUGUACUUAUUGCAUACUGUGGUAUUAUGGUUAACCCUUGCUAGAGUUAUUGUUUUUGUUUUUAUUAUUCAUUAUAUACAAUUCUUUACUGCUGAGGAAAUAAAAGAAAGAAAUAAGCAUAAUAUUUGGUUCUGUGUCUUUAGUAAAAUCCUGUGUUUGUCACGUUAAUAGUAAGAUCUUGUAAUUCUAUCAUCUAGGCCUGGGCACUUUGCUACUCAAACAGAAACCGCAACAUCAACUGAAUGUAAACUUGACAGAAAGAAAUAGAUGGAUGCAUGUUCAGUCACCUUUUUUCAAAUAACUAAAAUAACUUUUUAGUCAAAAACCUCUUAAUGGUAUUUUAUUAAUUACAUAAUAAAUAGCUGCCCUUCAUUUAAAACUGGAUUAAUAACACCCUAAAGAAAAGCGAGCUCUAACAUGUACUUGUACAGAAUAGCACAUUAAAAAGCACACAGUAGGGGGCGGGGCCUGACCGCCAUGCCGGACGGAGGCAUCUAGGGAGAGCUCCGGCACGAACUCCAACAAAAGCAGAUAUUACUGCAAUCUGUACCCUCUUCGACGAUGCCGGGCCCUCCUGGGGUGCUCCUGCACCGACCACGGUGUUACCAGUGCGUGUCUUGAUGCCACCGGGUGUCCACGCUACCAGGGAAGCCGGAGCUGGCUGUGCGGCUUAGAGAAUCUGGGUGAGUGGGGAUGCGGCCGAUCCCUGCCCUAGACCUGCGCUGCUGAUUAGUGCCCCAUUCCCCCCCCCUUUGGACCGGUGGGGGUUAUCCCGGUCUACUCCCUAGAGGCUCCCUGGCAGCACUAAAGACAAGUGGUUCCCCGCGGGAGAAUCAACAGGCACUCACGCGACCACAAGAUGGCGGAUGCAGCAUGCCCCUUAUGCAAUGACCAUCACUGCACCAUGCGAAAGAAAAACCAGAAGGGACCCAAGGCCUGCUACUCAGGAGACCCGGACAAGUGCAUGGAGUCUACAGAGUGCGGCUAAAAGUGAAGAAAGAGGCUCCUGUUACAACGUCGACCGAAGCUAUAGGCCGAGGCCCACCGUGAGAUGCAUGGACUGCAGAAUCAUGAGACCAUCGAGGGGAUCCCCACUACCCACACGGGACUUACCUGAAUGACACACAGCAACCCAACAUUACCAAGUACACCACUGAGCCCCAUGCUGGGACGUCUAUGGAGGGUCUGUACACGGCCCCUGCAAGACAGAGGUUGACUCCAGGGCUCUAUCGGGGACUGCUUUCUGACAGGACUCCCAGGCAGUAUAUCUAGACAACGAAACAGCCUAUGUGCCAAUUCUAAUUUUCGAAUCUUAUGUCUUUUACUCAUGGCUUGCUUGGGGGGGCCUCUGGGGGGUCUAAGCUUGUAGCUUAUCUACCUUUACAGCAAAUAACUUCCUACUCUAUAAAGCUAUUUCCCAGUGCAUAGAGCCUACAUGCAUACUACUCUACUGUUCGUAUCCACUUGCACUGUGUCUUUCUUGUCAUACUUACAUUUUCUUCUAUACACAAAAAAUGUGCUGGCUUACCUAUACACUUGGAAUGCUAUGUUGAGACAAAUUAUGUUUAGACUACCUACUGUGCAUUAAGUACUCUUUGAUAUGUCAAGCACAACAAAAAUAAAGAAUAAUAAAAAAAAAAAAGCACACAGUACCAUACUUUUUUUAAUGUGAGGUCAGACAAUGUGCUACAGUAAAAGGUUUUAUAUAUUCAGUAUACAGUAGGUACAUAUACACACACACACAGAGAAAUGGGGAAAAAUAAGAGAUGCUGAAAAUAUUAUUAAUUUCUCUGGAUUUAUAGGUAUAUGUUUGAGUAAAAUUAACAUGUUUUAUUCUAUAAACUACUGACAUUUCUCUUAAAUUACAAAUCACAGAUGGCCACUGUGAACUAUUUCUAUAUAAUAUGUGGCAGACCAUCAUAUCUAGCAAAAAAAACUAAAACUUUUACCUGGGCACAUGGUUAUUUGACCUUUUAAAGCACGAUUGGCCUAGGCAAAAGCCUUUUGCCUAACUAUUAUUCAGGCAACCUGGGAAAGUGUCCCUUUCUAACGACUCAGGCAUCCCCAGAAAGUGGCUCAUGCUUGACAAAAACCCCACCUUAGAAACCCUCCAAGUAUAGUGAAGAGUAUUUUCAAAGAGGGGAGACUUUACUAUGGCACCUGGAUGUGUAUUGAUGAGCAGGGGCCAUUUUUAUGUAGAGCAUGGGCAUCUAUUGGCACGCAGGGGUCACUUCCCCCACCUAUUAGUGAACAGGGGCCAAUUUCCUGGGGCAUUUAUUGGUAAGCAAGGGCUACCUUCCUGGGAUUCCUGAUCGUAUCUUUGCCAGCAGGAAACACAUCCCUUCAGGGGUUCCCAGGUGGUUAUCGGCAAGUAAGAAGACACUUCCUGAGGAUGCCUGUAUAUUUAUAGCAAAGCAGGGGACAUUUUCUGGGCAUUCUGCAGUGGCUAAUGUUGCUCCGCCAACAUCCCUCUCCCACUGGCAGAAACCUAAUGCGCAUGCGCAUCAAUGACCGUGUUACCGCAUUAAACCUCCCUAUAGGAAAGCAUCAUUCAAUGGAUUCUGGCGACGCUUGAGGUCUUCAAGCCUAGCGUGAGGACGUCCAGCGUCGUUUAUCUACCAAAAGUUGUCUAAGAAGCCGGUAGCCCCUCUAGUGGCUGUCUGGUGAGGAGUACUUAACCCUGCAAGGUAAAUAUUGCAGUUUAUAAAAACUGCAAUAAUUACACUUGCAGGGUUAAGGGUGAUGGGAGUUGGCACCUAGACCCGUUCAAUGAGCUGAAGUGGUCUGGGUGCCUGCAGAGUCCCUUUAAACGCUUUAAAUUCCACUGUUCGGUUUACUUAUAAAAUUAGCAUAGACCACAUUGAUUUCUUGGAUCUGCACAUUACCUAAAUUGAUGGGCCCUUUGCAUUCAUCAUAUAUAGCAAACCUUCUUAGCUCUGAGGAAGGAAGUUGGACACUUUGGCUCCAAAAGGCCUUAAUGAGAGAAAUUCCCUUCAUUGUUCCUUACCCAAAAGAUGAAAUAUCUAUUGAUUUGUUAAUAUCCUUGAAUAUGUUUAGGUGAAUAUUUUUAUGUGCAGCGUUCUGUUCCACUCUGGUAAAGUAAUGCCUUGUUUAGAAGUUUAGGUAGUUCACCCCUAUAUUGUGUAGUAAAUCUUAUAUUAGCUAUUGUGCUUGAUUAAAUUAACAUAUAUAGACUUUGAAACAGUUUAUCUCUUGUGGUAGUAACCAGCCUUUGCAACAAUAUGUUGGCAUUUAUUGCUACGUGGUGCUUUUAGAACUCACUUGUGCUUACUUCAGUUCACAGUUUAGUAUGGGUGGUUAAUACAUAGAUCUGUUAUGCAUACUUGUUUUUCUGUUUCAUAUUCUAUAUAUUACCUGUGUUCCAUUUGCACUUCAUGGUAUGUGGUAGUGGUUUCUAUAGCGAUAGGGGUGGAGUGCCAGUCACAUACCAAAGAUGGAGAGCCUCUCUUUCACUUUGGCUUUGUUUGCCCGCAAUAUUAAAAAAAAAAAAAAAAAACACUCCGCUGAUUUUUAUUUAUUUAUUUAUUUUUUUAAGAACCGCUGCACACUUCUUACAAAGAAAGAAUUGAGUACAAUGGUGAGAAUCUAUGAAGCAGUAAACCGGUUAUCACUGCCCAUAAGAUAAGCUACUGUGGAUAUGUGGCUAUGAAACUUGCAAUUCCUUCCUUUAACAAAGUCAUAAUACAUUUUUGUCUUAUGAUAUGCUGUAUGCAUUGUUUCUUAUGCCUUCUUUUUUUUUUUUUUUAAAGUAUAUUUGACAUAAACUGCUUCCAGUUAUUAAAAGUCUCUUCUGAUCACAUGGAUGGAUGGGGAGAGGGGGUGCUGCAUUUAGUGGGAUUUUAUUCUUGUGGGGACUAAGAUUGAGUUCAUGGCAAUUAUAGGCGUUCCCAAAGUAUGACUGGAGUUUUCUUUUGUAAAUUGAUGCCACCCACGGUACCUGUUAGAAUUAUAAUGAACAUAAGCAGUCUGGUGUCUAGAUUAAACACGGAUUCUCCAAAUUCUCUGAAUAUCCUUUGUAGUAGUAUUCAGAGAGAGGACAGGCUAAAUUCUGAUGAUGCAACACUGUUGAAGCCUUUUGCUUUGAACUCCAAUCAAAGUGAAAUGUUAAGAUCAGAAGUACUGAGGCAAUCUCAAGUUUAGCAAAUUUUAUUUUAUUUUUAGUUUCAGCCAUUUUAGAGAUUCGCUAGCUAUCUACUUUUUAUUUUUUGCCAUGAACCCGAUGCUGACCUUUGUUGAUAGAAAUCUUGGGUAAUGCUAACAUUCACACUUGGCACUCUCUGUAGAAUAUUUCACAAAUUAUAUUGCAUGGUCCGUAACUACAAGUUCAGAUCAUUUUCUGGUCACGGCUUCGGGCAGUGGUGAUAAAAUAGUUAUUUCAAGCUGCAAGUCAAAACCUGUUCCUCUUUUGGAGCUCACAGAAGGGGUAAGUAGUGGUGAUUGUUUUUUUUUUUUUUUCUUCUUCAUGGUCAUUAAAAUUUACCACUGUUCUUUUAUAUGGCGAAUAACCUAAUUCCCUAACCUGCCUUGUCUAAAAUUUGGUUCCCAUUUAGUUAUUAUAAAAGAAAUACAGAGGAAGCACAGAUUAUUUCAUGACCGAUUUAUAUGACUGAAAUUCCUUUUGCCCCUAAAAAAAGGCAGUGCCUGCACCAUAACUUCACCUAAAUCCUAGUUAUAGUGGUUGUGGGGCAUAAGUCUAUGGACAGUAUCCACUGGCCUUGUUAAACAAUUUCCAAGAAUAUUCACAUAAUCUGAGGCUUUCUUGCCACCUAAAGCAUGGCCCCUCCUCUAAUAAAAUGUGGAAUUUAAACUUCUGAAGUAUUCUUCUUACCUUGGAUGACCUAGUCUGUAAGUUGGAUAACAGAGUUGUUGGCUAACAAGAGACCAUCCAGAGGCCCACAUGUGAGGACCUCUAAAGUUUUAGUUUAGAGUUCAAGCUUCAGGGUUGCUAGCAAAAAUGCCUUAUUUCAGCUAUCCUAGAGCUCAAAUAUUGUAUUGUAGGACAUGCGCUAUAUUACGUUUUAUUACAUGUUUGCUAAAUCUGUAAGUCAAGAUGGAAAAAAAAGUCUUAGUGGAGUAUUUAACUUUUUUACUCAAACCCAUACCUACAUGUAAUGGAAAACAUAUUUGUUUUUUUUGCUUGUUGCACAUUAAUUCCUUUCCAGCAUUGAUGUUUUGUUUGACACUGAUAGGUCUGUCUCUUUAGUGUUUACAAAGCCUAGAAUAUUAUGGUUUAUGUUGUAUUUCUCAUUGGAUGACUAACAGCAAAAAUUUAAGUGAGGUCUAGAAAUAACUGACCAGUUUAGAAUGUUGGAUAUCUGUUCAUCUAACCAUAUAUUUGGAACCAUUGCUAUGAGUUAUUGUUAACUGUUGUGGAAAUCCAAAAAUAUUCCACUUUAUUUUUUUUGUCAUAUGACAGAUUGCUUGGGGUAGUGAGUGUUCAAAAUAAACUGUGUAUUAAAACAAUUUCUAGACUUUUUUGUUGUUGACCCUCCUUUACAUCUAUGGUUUGUGUAGAUUGAUGAGCUAAACGAAGUUUGUUACAUUUUUAAAAUUAAAUACAGUAUCCAUGGGUAGGCAACCUUCGGCACUCCAGAUGUUUCCCCCCUAGUAUAGACAAAAAGGGGGGAUUCAUAUAGAAGCCACCCCUUUUGGGAAAUGCCAGCUUACACUUUAUGGAAAUAUAUUUACAGAAUAUAGCAAAAUUAGGGCGUCUAUAGCAAUAGAAUGUCUGGGAAUCUUCUGUGUUGAGGUUCUGUUUUUUCCGCCAGGUUACAGUGCCCUGUUUAUUCAUUAAACUGGAAAUUCUGGAGACAUGUCAAGGGAAUUGCACUGUUGGGGGGGAGGGGGUGGGGAGGAUAUCAAAGAUGGGAAAAGGGCUUAGUUUCAGUUUUUCAGUUUCAGCAAUUUUUAGCCCAAUACAUGCAAUUCCCUUUUCAAAUCUCCGUGAUUCAACAAACCCCUCUGUUAUUUGUUGGUUUCCAUUAAGGGUUCUUUAUAGUCAUCACCACUGCAAAAUUAAAUAAACUUUAAUCUGUUAAUUAUGAAUUGUAAAAAGUUUUGAUAAAUCAGUCAUAUACAGUUGUUGUUUUUUUUAUCAAGUGCACACACCAAGAAAUGGCUCAUUUAAUUUAGUUUUAUUUUAAUUUUAUUAUCUCUGAGACAGUCUAUCUAUGUGUGAAUGAGAUUAGUUUAUUAGAGUUACAUCAUUCUUGGUUUUUUUUUUUUUUUGGUCUAUAACUUAUUGUUUAGUUCACUGUAUUUAAAAAUAAAUAUACAUAUAUAUUUUUUUCAAACUGGUUAGCAUAGUUUUUAUCUAUAGGAUUGCAAUGUGCUUCAGCUGUUCCUACUCUGCUUACUUAUUUGCAGUAUUUUGUUUAGACUCUAAGUAUGUCAGCCACAUCCUGCAUUAUCUACGUGUUGCCUUGAGAUCCGUAGGCAUUUUAGUGUGAUAUCGCUUUUUUACAACAUUAUGAUCACCUAUAUUUUUUCCCUUAUAGAAACAGCAGACCUGUGUAAAUUUAAAUUCAAGUUCUCAGUAUGUAGUCAGUGGUGGUCUCGAUAGCACUGUGAACAUAUGGGAUUUGAAAUCUAAAAGACUUCAUCGAUCGUUAAAGGUAAGGUCUUGCGGUUACAAAAUCUCAAAUAGCCCUGAGUAGCCUGAAGCUGUGAAUCAUCUCACACCAGAUUGAGAAGCCAGGAUGUAUUUGAGUGGAAAUGUAUUUGUUUCUGAGUUCUUAUUUCAGCUGAUCUCUUCUAGGAUCACAGGGAUGAAGUAACGUGUGUUACAUUUAAUGGGAAUGACUGCUAUGUGGCCUCGGGCUCUUUGAGUGGAGAAAUCAUAUUGCAUAAUGUAACUACCAAUUUAUCCUGCACACCGUUUGGUCAUGGAAGCAGCCAGGUACUGACUGUACUCGAUUUAAAUAUAUUCCUUUUUUGUGUGUGUGUUUGCAGUUCUAAUUAAUAUAUAUUUUGUGGUUUUAAAGUAAGAAAUCAAAGUAUAUAUUUUCACAUUCUUUAUAUGAUUUUAAGCACAUUGGUUGCUAAUGAAAUAAAAUUGUCAGACUUCAUGCGUCAUGCACUUUUUUUUUUUUGUAGUCUGUAAACAACCACAGGUCAAUAGAAUCUGUAAAUCAAGAUUAUGCUUUAAAUCAUGCACCUAAGAAGGAAAACAGCUGUUACAGUGAAUAUACUGUAGAACACUAUCCAUGGAGCAUCUUAAAGGAUUUAUUUUAUGAAUACAAAUUUUUAUGCAAAUUCAAAAAGUUUAGUGCUGAAAUAUGACCUGUUGACGCCUUCUAUUUUAUUGAUCUAACCAUUGGAGUGGCAAUUUUGUCUAUCGAAUCUGAGUGGACAUAUGGUUUUGCAUGUAAAGUACUGUGGAAAAAGUAACUGCCCCCUGAUUUCAGUGCUUCUGUUAUAAAGAAUUUGAUGUGCGCAUUGCGGCAUUUAUUGCCCAUGUACAUUAAGUCCACAGUGCUUUUCUUUGAGAUGUAUUUGGACAAAAGCCUGUUGACAUCAGAGAUACUGCAAUGAAGAGACUGUCUUGGUUUUUUUUUUUUUUUUUAAUAUGUAACUCUUUAAUUAUCUACGUGUUGCCUUGAGAUCCGCAGGCAUUUUAGUGUGAUAUCACUUUUUUUUUUUUUACAACAUCCUGAUCACCUAUAUUAAUUAAUUUAAAGCUACAUAAAAUAUAUAUAUAUUUUUUUUUUUUCUAAAGGGCUGUCCUGCAACCUAAAAGACCACUCUAAAUAUUUGUGCAUACAAAAACGUGAAAGUGAAAAAUGCAAAAAUCACAAUGUAUACUUUUCUCACAGACGUUGGAACAACAUUUUGGUUCAUAUAAAAGCUUGAUAAAGGCUUCUGUGUGUGCCAAAACAAUGUUUUUUUUUUUUUUUUUUUUCUUCAAUAAAAUCCGAAUUCCUGACUUUGUCCCUUUCUUUUCUUCCCUCUUACUAUUUGAGUCAAAACAUUUUUUUGUGGGGAUUAUAAUGUACCUUUAAUGAUGUACCUGUGGCUUGCUGAACACUUUUGUUUCACUGAUAAGUGUUUCCUGUUUGUCCAGCCUAUUCGCCAUGUGAAGUAUUCAUUUAUAAAGAAGUUUCUGCUGGGUGCAGUCUCAGACAGCGGUAGUGUAACUCUUUGGGAUGUGAAUACUCAGAGUCCGUAUCACAUGUUUGAUAGCGCACACAAGGCCCCAGCUUCAGGAAUAUGUUUUUCCCCGGUGAAUGAGUUGCUGCUUGUCACCAUAGGACUGGAUAAAAGAAUUAUUUGUUAUGAUAUAUCCAGCAAAAAGUAAGUGUCUUUUUUUAUUAUUUUUUUUCUAGAAGAUGUUUAAAGUUUACAGUUGAGAACGUAUUCUGUCCUAAUAUCAAGUUUUAUUGAAGUGUUGUAUCCUCUGUAUUAAAAGGGAAAAAAUGCAAUUUAAAUUACACAAUGCUGAUUUCUAGCUGCUUAUACUUACAGCAGGAGUUGUUGAACAGUAAAUAUAGUAAGCUGGAUAUCAUAUGUGGAUGUCAUAAACAUUUGUUGCUGCUGUUGGUCUAAAAAUACAAACUGAGAAGCUUAAUUUCAGGUUACAGGACAUAAACCAUGUUUACAUAUACAAGGUACACAAGUGAAUAUCUGCUCUAUUCCCUUGUGCAUUAAAUAUGGAACUACAUUUCCUUGUUUCACAUGAACUAUUUGUGUUUGCCAUUUCUGUACAAAACAACUUUCAAGAGUUAUUGAAUGAGGUACAAGUACGGUACAUGAUAGUCUGUAAAUAUCCUAAAUAAAUUGAAUCUAUCUAAUAUCACCUGUUAUCAUUUUUUUUCCCCCCUCUAAUUAUUUUCUUUCUUUCUUCAUCCAUGCUCCCUUCCACUAAAUAUUUUUUCUUCUGGCACUUGACAGGGCACAGGGUAUUGCUAAAAGGAUUGUAAAGAAAAACAAGAAAAAAUACACUGCAUUUAAUAAAAAAAUACAGAUUAAUAUGCCUUUCUUUCUUUAAUUGUCCGGGUUAUACACUAAAGUGAGAAUUCAAGGUGAAUUACACUUUUAAGGUCAAAGUAGCCAAACUGAAUAUUUUAAGAAUCCAUGAUCUUGUGCUUUAAAGAGACAUUCCGGUCACCAUAACAACGUUUACAUUGUUUUUUUUAAUCGAAACAAAGUUAUGAUGCCAAGAGAACCCUGGAUGUCUGCUUACAUCAAGGAUUAAACUGUUCAUGAGCAGUUUAACCGCAAAGUCUUGAAGUCUGCGCCCGUCGGCUCUGCCCAGCUAAUUCUGUUGCAGUCCGAGAAUUAAGUCAGGAAACCUCAGACUGUGAUCCACUUAUAGAAUGAGUAUGUCAGUUGACCUACCUACUCAUUGGUGAUUUGUCAUAUUACUUGUAUAGCAUUAUACACUAAGGUUGUCCUAGUUUAUCAAGCAGAGCUUUUUUUUUUUUUUUUGGUGACUAUCACACUAGCAGAGCCAGUAUGUAUAAUCUGUUUUACAUUCAAAAUGAGAGCACAAAUAUGACUUUGGCUCCAAGUGCAUAUUAUGUAUGGAUUUAACCUUGGGAUACAUCAUGGCUACAUGCACUGGAGGCAUGUUAGUACCCAAAGACUCAAAGCACCAUAACAACUACAGUGAGCUAUAGCAAUUGUGAUGCUUAGAGUUAACCUGUACUAAAACCUCUUCUGAAAAGGUGGUUUAAAUAGGACUUCAGUAUUCUGUUUUUGUUUUCAUGGUUUCAUUUUAAAAUUCUGACCAAGCCUAGUUAGAAUUGAUCUUAUGUACUUUACCAGUCCCUACCACUUAUGUAAAGUUUGUCGCACUCACAGAAGUUGUUGAUGCUGUUUCUGCUUUUUAGUGAAUUUCUCUUAAUGUUUUGCAUUGUUUGCGUGGAAGUGUAUAUAUAUUUUUUUCAGUAGUGGUGAUCUUGCUUGUUUUUGUUUACAUUAAGGAUUCUGCAGUCAGUUGUGGCCGAAUCACCUCUUACUGCAUUAGAUUACAUGCAUGAUGGAAUAACACUUGCUGUUGGCUCGUCUCGUGGUAAAAUCUACCUGUAUGAUUUAAGAAUGUUAAGCUCACCUGUGAAAACAGUCAGUGCUCACAAAACAUCAGUGCAAUGCAUUCAGUUUCAACACAGCAAUAGUUACAAGGUGAGAUAAAGGACAUCCUUUUUAAAUGGAUAAACAAAAUGCCUUGUUGGUUUUCAGCGCAUGUAUGUGUUAUAUAAUUUUAUUUAAGUGUGAGCUUGAAAUGGUAAACUUAUUAACUGCCGUGGUCCUAAGAGGAUCACAAGGUGAUCUUUAUGGGGUUAAAAGUAUCUUGUUUUUAAUGUCUGAAUGCUAUAAUCUGGUUAAUGCAUCUUUGUCAAAUUAUAAUGCAAAAUGCAGUCUGAAUUUGUUUGUUUAUGUAUUUCCUACACACAGAGUAGCAAAGGUUCUUCAAGUAAAUCAUCUUUGAUCUCCUCUUCUAUGAAUAAGAAACCUUCCACCAAGUCAGGAUCUAUUGUCGGAGGAACGCAUAGUGCAAACGUAAUCAAAGAUUUGCAAUCACCAAUGUCUUCAGCAUUAGCUCAGCCAGCACUGGAUAGCAAAGGAAUUGAGCAAAGUGAAGACAUUUUGGGUAUAAGGUUUUGUUUACUUGUAUUAUAUAUUAAUGUGUUGUGCAUUGAGGAGGGCUGAACGUUAAGUUGGAAAGUGAAAAUGUUUCUUUAGAAAUCUAUUUGUCAGGAAACGAUUUCUAGAAUGUUUCCAUUCUUCUUUUAAUGUGUGAAAUUUCUAAAUUGCUAAUGUUUACCCUUUAGUUUAUAAAAAGAAAAACAUCCGCUCUGAAUUGUAAAGAAAAGUUAUUCAUAUAUUCUGGACCCACAUGCCUUAAUCUGUAGCAUCUAUUUUUGGAACUCAGAAGUUAGUGUUGUCUACAUAUAUUCAUUAUCAAAUCAUUUUUGUGCCAGACACCAUUAUAAUAGGCAUUAUAAUUCUCCGUUUCUUUUUUUAAUUGGCAUUAGUGUUUAUCCUUUUAUAUGUGAAUUGAAACACUAAAAUAAGACUGGUUUCUAAAUGUUUUGCUGUAUUUAGUAUGAUUUUAAUUUUGUUAUUAAUUACAUUGUCUAGCUGCCUGCUAAGUACAUACAAUGCAGGAUGUAAUGAACAGUAUGCAGUACUCGUUCACUAAAUUAAGUUUCACAUAGUGCCAUGCAAAUAGCUAGUAUUAUGUUGUAUUUACACUCAUUAUCAAUAGAUUGGGGGUUUUGCUAUGAUUUAAAAACAUAUAUUUCAAUAUCCAUCUCACAAAAGUUCAAGUUUCAUUUUGCAUCCUCCAGGCUAAUUUUUACUACCUAUUUCUUUACUUAUUUUUUUUAAAUGAUUAUUAGUGGUGGAGGUAGUAAUAUUAGUAUUCCUUUUGGAUGGAUGAUGCGUUAAAUCAAUACAUCAAGCACCAUAACAUCAGAUGGAAGUGCUCAGUUGACACUCAAAGUGAGCUGGUCCUGCAUGAAAGGGCUUAAAGGACCACUCUAGGCACCCAGACCACUUCAGCUUAAUGAAGUGGUCUGGGUGCCAGGUCCUUCUAGGGUUAACCCAUUUUUUUUAUAAACAUAGCAGUUUCAGAGAAACUGCUAUGUUUAUGAAUGGGUUAAGCCUUCCCCCUAAUCCUCUAGUGGCUGUCUCAUUGACAGCCACUAGAGGCGCUUGCGUGCUUCUCACUGUGAUUUUCACAGUGAGAGCACGCAAGCGUCCAUAGGAAAGCAUUGUAAAUGCUUUCCUAUGCGACUGGCUGAAUGCGCGCGCAGCUCUUGACGCGCGUGCGCAUUCAGCCCAGGAGGAGGAACGGAGGAGGAAAGGAGGCAGACAGCUCCCCGCCCAGCGCUGGAAAAAGGUAAGUUUUUACCCCUUUCCCCCUUCCAGAGCCGGGCGGGAGGGGGUCCCUGAGGGUGGGGGCACCCUCAGGGCACUAUAGUGCCAGGAAAACGAGUGUGUUUUUCUGGCACCAUAGUGGUCCUUUAACUCAGUUGAGCCAAUGUAACUUCUUGCAGGACCUUCCACCUCCAUGGGAGUAGGUGACUGGCACCUGGGGGAACCCAGGUAAGUUGCCAAGUGGUUUGAUUACUUACCCUGGACUGUAGUUCUUAUGGUGCUUGAAGGCUUUCUUUUAAAAUAAGAAAAAUCUACCUAGCUGUAGCAAAUUACAGACCUAUGAUCUUUUGUCUGUUGCUCCUCGUCUACAGCUGAUUUUACUGAAGUACCCCCUUUCUGUAGAGGGAUUCUGGAGUAUGAGCCUGGACGGAGUAUGUGAUUCUCUCUGUGUGACAGAACUAUAGAGCAUAUACUUCAUAAUUCACCCAAAUUAUUUUAAAUUGGCAAAAGAAAUUUGGUCCAAAUACGAUGAAUGACAAGGAUAGACCGCUAUCACUUUAGGGUUUAUUGAGAUGUGAGAGAUAUGGUUGGGCUGGGAUUAUAAAUAGUGUUUUUUUUUCCUAGACGAAGCAUGGAAUCAUAAACAUGUUGGAUGAUUAUUGUAUUCAGCUCUAAAUGGCAAAGCUGAAAAUGAAUUGUAGUUAACUAGGAGCUGGUGAUCACUAUUUUUAAAGUUCCUAUCAAUUUAAAAAAAUUUUUUUUUUUUUUAAUUUUUGUUGUCUGCCCAUGAGGACUGCCUUCUGUGGGAUCGAUUUUGAUUGGCAACUGAAAUAAAGCCUUGCUUUAGGCUCCGCCCACUGUCAAGUUUUGUCGGCUUGACUGCUAUACAGAAGAAAAGUAGUCCUUACUAUUCUUUAUGUAUUUUAUGUAACGUUGCAUGCUAAGGGGAAAAUGUGAUUCAGACACAGGGAAUCCGAUAGACACAUUAGAUGAUGGUUAUUUUUUGGCGACCGAUCCACUCUAAAGGGACACUAUAGUCACCAGGAAGACGGCUUAAUGUAGUUGUUAUGGUGAGUAUUGUCAGUCGCUGCAGGCUUUUUAAUGUAAUCACUGCCUUUUCAGAGAAAAGGCAGUUAUAACAUUACAGCCUAGGAACACCUCUAGUGGCCACUUCUCAGAUGGCCACUAGAAGUACUUCCUGGGUCAAUGCGGGAGACGCUGGAGUUUCCCUAUAGAGAUGCAUUGAUUCAAUGCAUCUCUAUAAGGGAAUGCUGAUUGGCCAGGUCGGCGUUUGGCACUGCCCAUGCCCCACUUCCUUGGCUGGGAUCAACAGAAUUGACUAUCUCAGCCAAACCAAUGCUUUGCUAUAGGAAAGCAUUGUGAUUGGCUGAUAUCAUCAAUUCUCAUGAUGUAAGCCAAGGAGGAGGAUUGGGGGCGGGGCUAGACAUGAGUAGCCCUGCGUGGUGCUGGUAAAAUGAGUAAAUCACUUUUUUUUUAAACCGAGGUGAGGGUGGGGCUGACCACCUAAAUGGUGGUUUAGAACUAUAUCGACUCGUGUCUCUGACUGCCUCUCUUCGAUUUCCAAAUGGAUGGCUGCUCACUUCCUUAAACUCAACCUGUCCAAAACUGAACUUCUGAUCUGAUACUAUUCCAGUGUCUGUCUCCCUCCAAGUCAACAGCGUUACCAUCACCUCUACCUCGCAGGCUCGCUGCCUGGGUGUUCUUUGACUCCAACCUCUCCUUCACCCCUCAUGUCCAAUCAAUCGCCAAAUCCUUUCACUUCCAUCUCAAAAACACAGCGCGCAUCCGCCCCUAUUUAACCCCGGAUGCGGCUAAGGUGCUGGUCCAUGCUCUUGUUCUCUCUCGCCUUGACUACUGCAAUACUCUUCUCAGUGGUCUUAAGUGUUCCCAGAUUGCAGCAUUGCAAUCUAUAAUGAAUGCGGCGGCAAGGCUCAUUUUCCUGUCCGCUCGCACCUCCCACGCCUCCCCGCUCUAUCAGUCCCUGCAUUGGCUCCCAGUUAGAUAUAGGGCUCAAUUUAAAAUUCUGUUGCUUGCUUACAAGUCCCUACAUAAUGCUGCUCCAACCUUCCUAUUCUCCCUAAUACACAAGUAUGUCCCGUCGAGGCCCCUACGCUUUGCCAAAGACCUACGUAUAUCCUCUAUGCGUACUCCCACCUCUAACGCUUGCCUCAAAGACUUUUCCCUGGGCUGCACCUCUUCUGUGGAACUCCCUUCCCUCCUCCAUAAGAAUUUCACCCAAUCUCCACUUAUUCAAAAAAAUCAUUGAAAACUCACUUCUUAAAGAAAGCAUAUCAAUUAAACUGUUAACAGGUUUUUAUCCCCCACCCUCCAUGACUCCUCUCCUGCAACUGUCAAAAAUUACCUACUAAGCCCUCAGCGAAUACUUUUCUAACAACUUACUUCGUACCCCUACUUUUACCCUUUGUGUCACUAUACCCCACUCCCUCUAGAAUCUAAGCUCAUUGAGCAGGACCCUCCACCUCUCUGUUCCUGUACGUCGAGUUGUCUGGUUACAAUUAAAUGUCUGUUAGUCCAACCUUUGUACAGUGCUACGGAAUCUGAUGACGCUAUAUAAAUAAUAAAAUAAUAAUAGUGUCAACAAUACCCUUUUUUUCCUGACGAUAUAGUGUCCCUUUAAGUGUUCUUCUAAGCCGCAACUAUUUAUCCUAAAGGAGCAGCAACAUAACUACAUAUUAUAUGAAAAAUUACUGGUUUGCAUUCCCAGUGAUUUUCUGAUCAACUUUUUAUUGUCUGCAUCCAUUACUUUGGAAGGCUUUGUGUUAUUUUGUGCUUUUAUGUAGAAACCUACAUAUAUGAUCAGAGAGUGCUUUACUUGAGUUACAACUAUAUAUUUAAUAUAAGGUCUGUUUUACUCUUUUAAAACCACAAUGGACCGGAUUUUCUUACCUUACAGCUUAAUAAAUGUUUUUUAAUAAUAGACAGUUACAACUCUAUGCAUGCCUAAUGCAUUCAGACCAUGCCUUUGAAGUGAUUUUCACAUAAUGUUCUUCUCUGUUGAUUUAUAUUCCGAUAAUGUACAUUUUAGCUUCUGCUGUGGUUUGCUGUUCUCUUUAUUGAGCAUUGUUGUAUAAUGUAAGAAGGUUUGUGUGUGUUCUGCCAUUGUCAUUUCAUUUUGGAUAAGAAAAUAUUUGCUAAAUAAUUAUCUUUAAAUUGCACUAGCAUAUUUCACAGCUCUAUUUUGGUUAAAGUGCAGUUACGUUUUUUUUAUUUAUUUUUUUUAGUUAACAUUUUCUUUUUAAAUAUCUAUAUAGGUAUACCACAUAGUUCCAGUCUUGAUGUAAUCCCAUCAAAAGAAAACGUUUACAACAAAAGUUCUGAAUUAAAAUCCAUGGAUUCAUUUGGAAGAAGUAGCUUAGGUGACAUAUUCUCUCCCGUGAAGGAUGGUAAGUUACUAAAUAUUUUUAACCUAUUAAAGGGAACUCCCAUCAUUUAGGUUACUUAUUCAUAUUGACCCCUUACAUAUUAACUUAGCUUAAUGUUUUGUUUUUCUUUUUCUUUCUUUCUUUCUUUUUCUUCCUUCCUUUUUUUCUUUAUGGCAAUGCUUCCUGGCAUUUCAGCACUUCCUGCCUCAGGAACCUAAAUUGUAAUUUUGAAUUUUGCAACCAGUGGCAUCAUUCAUUUGUCAGGCAUCACCCGUGUGAAAGAAGAAAGUGUUAAUGAUCUGAUUGUCCUGAGUUUAUUAGCUAUACCUCUGCAAAAUGAUGUUCCUAUUAUAUUAUAGCAGUUCAUUGCGUGGUUUGAUUGUUUUGCUAAUAACUAUGAAGUGUUUUUUGCUGCUGUGCUGAUACCUUUAUAGCACUAACCGGGUGUUUGACUUGCGUGCUCUCUCCAGGGAGUGGCAUUCCGCCUUAAGAAUAAAGGAAUUCUGUUUGCGUGUCGUGUCGGCUGUCAAACUGAUGCCAGCAUUUUAUUUAUUUUACUUUGUCACUGGUGUGAGGGAAUGAUAGCCAGCUUAUUUACAUUUACAUUACACUCGGUAAAUAUAUAUAUAUCUAUCUAAUUGUAUUGAACCUAAUUGUUACUGUAGGUUUUGACUUGUACCCCCUCAGUUUCUGGCAGGGGGGGAAUGUGCUGGGUGAAUAAGCUUGCUAAGCAGACAGAGCCUCACUUUGCUACUGAUAAGGAAUUUGGAGUGAAAGAUGAAAAGAAACCCAUUGAGAUCCUUCCUUCUAAGGAAGCUGCGGGAUCCAGGCUGUAUCCAUGACUUACAAAUAAUAGUACUUUUCGAAGCAUAUGGCAAUAUUAAGAGGCAACCGUUUUACUACAAGUUAUAAUCUGGAAUGCAAUAUAAUAAGAUUCAAAUGGACCAUGGAAAGUACCUAAUGUACAUGUCCACAGAUGUAAACACAAAUGGAACCAGGAGCUAUCCAAAACAGUUGGGUUUAUUUACUGAUUUGCAGAUUGUAGUGAAUUGUAGGGCAAAGUAGCCAAUGUCGAUUUCAACCAUAAUUUUACAGUUAAGUGCAGUAAUUGGCUGCACUUUGGAGUUUUUUUUAAAUAAACCCCUAAGAAAAUCUAUGCAUUAUUGCCAUGUAUAUCAGAUCACAUUAAGCUGGGCCUUAUAGUAGAUAUACAAGUAGAACAUAUAUGUUUACGUACAUACAAAACCAAAUAGUGAGAUACAUUCCUAGAUGAAACUUAAAUAUAUUAAAAUAUGUUUUUUCAGGACUUUCUUUGUGUUUUUCACAUAGCAGUGUUGUGUUUUGGGGAAUCUCGUUGCUUUCCUCAUUCUAUAGUACAAUCCUGGCAUCUGCUAUAGCUGCUUAGCAGUAUAAUUGUUCCAAAUUGCCAGGAUUCCAUUUUUAAAAGUAUCUGAUCUCAUGAGGAUUUACCACUUCAUAUUUUUAGUUUUCUGUAUAUUUAGCUUGUCUUUUUUCUAUUUUUUUGUGCAGUGUGUGUGUGUGUAGUGGCCUUGUUUUUAGUUUGCUUUUUUUUUUUUUUUGUAUAUUUUAUUUGAAUUUUUUUUAAUAUUUUUUUUUUCAUGCUUCUUAAUUUUAACUAUCAUAUAUGUGACUAGAGAAAGAAUAGCACUGUGUGAAUACAUAUGCAAAUAUUGUAAUCGAGAACAUAACUUAAAUCUCUAAGAAUUUACUGAAAUAGCAAAGUCCUUAAGUGUAAUUUUCCGAACAUCUAUUCCUUUAAAACAUUAUGUAGGCACGUCUCUUUACUCAUUACACUUUUUUUUUUACAGAUGCACUUCAUCUUAAAGGAGCUGAGGACUUUGUCUUUAAAGGAAACGGUAUGUAUCAUCAUAUUUGUAGGACCUUUACUAAGGUUCCCUAUUUCAAACAUCACAAAAAUAUAUUUAAUUGGAAAAUGUAAAUGUGCAUCAUUCACAGUCCUAUUGUGUUUGUAAGGUUUUGGGUGAUAUCAGAUAGAUGUGAUGUUUAUUCAUACUGGAAAAUUCAACAUACUUAUUGUGACUUGCAUUACUAUAUAUAAUCAUUUGAAUGUGUUGCAGAGAGAAUAUCUGCUUGUCAUUUCCUUUGAAAUGUGUAUGUAGUUUUAAACGAGUAGCAUCCACUUCAUGCUUAAAGGUGAAGGGGGGUGGGGGAGGGAAAGUCAUAGAAGAAGUAUAUACCAAUAUUGUCCCACUUUAUAGGAAUUGUUUGUCAUUAAGAAACAUGAGACCUGGUUCCUUGGCCUCUAUCCAGUUAGAGGCAUUUCAGCCAACAACGCACACUGGAUUAUGUUUUGUUUUGUUUUCUUCCUUCUUUCUCAAUCUUACUUCUAAUUAGGUUUUCUCUAUAAUUAAAUUAGUUCUGUUCAUACAUUCCAUGUUACAGUUUUUCUGUAUUUGCUCCAAAAAUACUGCUGUUCAGAAUGUCAUGACUUCCUGGUUCCUGGGAACUGUAGUUAAGCUGUAGAAUGCUAAAAGCUGAACUAAAACCCUGAGAAUCCCUUGCAGCAUCCAUAAACCACUGCUUAUGGGAUGGUUCUAAAAAGUAUGAAAUGUGUUUGAGAGUUCCUGGUUUAGAGAGAGUUCAUGGCAUAUCCCGUAUAGUUUGGAGUUUUGCAGGAAAUCUAGAAUUGAUUGGUUUUUAAAAAAAAUAUAUUUGAAUGCACCCUUUCUGUAAUGUGUGUGUGUGUGUGUGUGUGUGUGUGUGUGUAUAUAUAUGAAUCUAAUUGUUUUGUUCAUGUAGAAGGAAGGUUAUAUACCAAGAAUUGAAAGUAAAAAGUUGUUGUGUUUUUUUUUUGUUUUUUUUUUGUAUUAUUUGUCAUGUGGAGCUCUGCAGGUAGUGUUUUUCAGGAGUGUUGUCUGGUCUCUCAUCCAGCUAUUACAUUUUUUUACAUCUCAGCAGUAUGUUUCCAUUCACAAUAAAAAGCUGUUAAUAUCUGCUGCAGCAUUAUGAUAAAUAAUGACUUGAUACUGCAGCUAAGGAGGGAGAUUGGCUGGGGGAGGAAAUAUUUAGUAGCCUUACUGUUUCUAAGCAGCUCUGGAUAUUUCCGUCUUCUCUUUAUGCUCAGUAGGAAUCUUUACAAACAGAAGUAAUGUCAGAGAGGUGUAAAGGUGGGAGGUAGAGCCAAUUAUUUUAUCCUCUUUUAUAAAUGUACAGGCAUGCAAAAACAAUCUUAAAUUCUUGUUCCAGGAGUUUGUAACCACAUUAUUUUUCAUGGCAUUAGUUUGGCGUUUAGUGAAUGUGCUGGAUCUUGUAUGUUGUAUAAAUUGGCCUCAGCAGCACAGUUAUAAUGUAUGCAUGUUCAGGGGAGUGCAGCCCUCUUGUCUUUAUAUAUUAUAAAGAUAUUUAACCAGUAAGCGUACAUCCAGCUUAUACUGGUAUUGGUACUAAUUGUAUUGUCCUUUGAAGAAAGAUAUUCCUUGCCAAGAAUUUAAUCGAUAUCUCUUUUUUAAAAGCGAACAUAACACAAAAUUAAAUUCCUCUUGUUUAAUAAACAUAUUAAUUGUAGCUUAAAUAUCUACAAUCUAUUCCAUUGAAACCUAAUUUAAGAUGCAUGCCUUUUCUGUGUUGGGAAGUAAAAGCAUUAUGUCACAGAGGGGAGGUGGGGGACACACAAUAUUGCUGCAGUUUUAUUUUUAUUUUGCAAACUGCCAAAACUCCGUUGAAGAUUGGAGCUACAUUUGGGAAUAUAGGUUUUAAGACCAAAAAAGGUCUCAUCGAUUUUUAUCAGUAAAAUAUAAUUGGAUUUCUAAAAUGUAAUGGAAGACAAGGAACGUUUGGAGAAUGAAAUUGUUUCGAUGCUGUUCGAACACUGAAAUGUAGUCAGAAAAUGGUUUAUUGAAAAUGGAAAAUUAUAGGUUUUGGAUGCUGCAAAAAUGUAUUGGGCAUUUGGGGUACAUGAGUUUCUUUGCAAAACCAUUUUAAGGUUUGUUCCCUACUUAAAGGACCACUAUAGUGCCAGGAAAACAUACUCGUUUUCCUGGCACUAUAGUGCCCUGAGGGUGCCCCCACCCUCAGGGACCCCCUCCCGCCCGGCUCUGGAAAGGGGAAAAGGGGUUAAACUUACCUUUUUCCAGCGCUGGGUGGGGAGCUCUUCUCCUCCGAUCCUCCUCCAUUCCUCCUCCUGGGCUGAAUGCGCACGCGCGGCAAAAGCUGCGCGCAUUCAGCCGGUCACAUAGGAAAGCAUUCAUAAUGCUUUCCUAUGGACGCUUGCGUGCUCUCACUGUGAAAAUCACAGUGAGAAGCACGCAAGCGCCUCUAGUGGCUGUCAAUGAGACAGCCACUAGAGGAUUAGGGGGAAGGCUUAACCCAUUAAUAAACAUAGAGGAUUCUCUGAAACUGCUAUGUUUAUGAAAAAAUGGGUUAACCCUAGCUGGACCAGGCACCCAGACAACUUCAUUAAGCUGAAGUUGUCUGGGUGCCUAGAGUGGUCCUUUUAAGAUUCAUUUGUGUAUAUGUUAUGGUACUAUUUACUUAUCUUACAGCAGAUGUGGUGGUGAUGAUUUUUGUUUUGUGUGUUUUGAAUCAUCUAUAGAUCUUGAUUAUCAUGCUCAAUUCAAUUCUAUGCAUUCAAGAAGAAAUCCUGUUGGAGCCAACUCUCAAGGUAUACAUUCAUCCCCAUUGCAUCUAAUAAUUGGUAGUCCAAUUAAAGAAGAAGAUGAAAGUCCAGAGACAGAGCUGAAAACAACAAAGCCAUAUUUUUCAAAAUCAGAUGUGAAAGAAAGUGCCUGGCAGGUAAAUAACACUUUUUUUUUUUUUGUGUGUGUGGCUAUUUUAAUCUUCCUCCCCAGAAUUAAUGGAACACUCCAAACAAACACAGGUACUUCAUCUUUAACCCCUUAUUCUUAUUCUAUGCUGUCCCACAUUAAAUGGGCUUUAAAGCCGUUGCGGCGGCAUAGAAUGCCGUAACUGCUUUUAGCCCCAGGAGCCUUACCUCCGCCGCGAUCCUCUUCUGGAGGGCUGCCUGAAAUGUCAGACAGUCCCCCUGCUGGUGGGAAGUUUAAAAUAAAAUUAUUAAAUUAUAUAUACAUAUGUAAUCUCAUUCUAACUGUAUUUUGUUAUUAAUAUAUAUGUGUGUAUAUAUAUAUAUAUAUAUAUAUAUAUAUAUAUAUAUAUAUAUAUAUAUAUAUAUAUGUAUGUGUGUGUGUGUAACAAAAUACACUUAGAAUGACAUUCUAUAUAUAUAUAUAUAUAUAUUUAUAUAUAUCUAUAUAUAAAAUACAAAUAACUGCAAACAUUUAUAUAUAGAUAAAUACAUAUAUAAAAAACUACAUAGGUAUACACGUAGAAUUUAAAUAACUAUAUAUGUAUCCAUAAAAAUUCUACGAGUAUGCUUAAGUAAUAGUUUAACAUAAUUAUGUGAUUUAAUUAGUUAAAAUUUGAUUGACGUGCCUGACAACCCAGGCAGCAACUGCAGAGAAUUAAAUUCGCACGCGCUAUAUUUAACCAUGCAACUUUCCAAGACACCAUAAAACCUGUACAUAGGGGGUACUGUUUUACUCGGGAGACUUCCCUGAACACAAAUAUUAGUGUUUCAAAAUGAUAUAUUGUAUUACAAAGAUGAUAUAUUUAGUAAAAGUUACGUUUUUUUGCAUUUUUCACACACGAAGGGCACUUUUACUGAUGAUAUUGUUAUGUUUUACUGUUUUGAAACACUUAUGUUUGUGUUAAGUGAAGUCUCCCAAGUAUAACAGUACCCCCUAUGUACCGGUUUUAUGGUGUUUUGGAAAGUUAGAUAGUCAAAUAUAAGGCUUGCAUUUAAUUUUUUUCACAUUGAAAUUUGCCAGAUUGGUUACGUUGCAUUUGAGACCAUAUGGUACCCCAUAUGGUAGCCCAGGAAUGAGAAUUACCCCCAUGAUGGCAUACCAUUUGAAAAAGUAGACAACCCAUGGUAUUGCAAAUGGGGUAUGUACAGUCAUUUUUAGUAGCCACUUAGUCACAAACACAAAAACAAAUAUGAGCGCUAACUUUGGCCAGUGUUUGUGACUAAGUGGCUACUAUAAAAGACUGGACAUACCCCACUUGCAAUACCUUGGGUUGUCUACCUUUGCAAAUGGUAUGCCAUCAUGGGGGUAAAUCUCAUUCCUGGGCUACCACAUGGUCUCAAAGGCAACAUAACCAACCUGGCGAAUUUCAAUGUGAAAAAACAGAAAAAUGGAAUGUGCUAUAUUUGACCCUUUAACUUUCCAAAACACCGUAAAAACUGUUAAUAGGGGGUACUGUUGUACUUGUGAGACUUUGCUGAAUCCAAAUAUGUAUUUUUUUUUUUUGCAGUUAAAGCUAACGAUAUUAUGACAUUCACAGCUAAAAUGUCUGCAAAGUUUUUUUUUUAAAAAAAUCUUAAUUUCUCAGUUUUUAAAAUUUUAUUCAUAAUAAAUUGUUUCAAAUAUGAAUAGUUCGUGAGAAAUUAAAGCCCAGUUUCUCCUGAACAAAAUUAUAUAUAAUAAGUGUGGGUGCACUUAAUAUGAAAGAGGUGAAUUACGGUUAAACAGACAUAUAUAGCGCAAAUACCAGUUUUUGUUUACAUUUUGUUUUGAUCAGAACGUGUACUAUUGACUCCGUCCUCAAGGGGUUAAAUAGAAAUCAGCACUUUUUUUGUACGCCCCGAGUUAUCCUAAGGCAGCCAGUCCUGCUACUUCCUAAACUUAAUAGGCACUCUAUUGCUCAGAACUACGGUCAUAAAAAUACUUGUCAUUGGGAAGCCUGUGAUUGGACAGCCACAGAAUGUCUGUGCUGGGGAAGAUGGGCACAACUUGCAGUAGCUGCAGACACAAGAUCUGCAGUUAUUGAAAGCCAAGAUGUCAUCCAAAGGGGGUAUAUCUUAAAUAGUUUGUAUUUUUGUUGCUGGUGUUUUUAUUUCAUUUUUAUUUUUUAUUUUUUAAGUGUUCCUUUAAUCUCUGAUUUUAAAAAUCUAGUUUUGUAAAAAAACAUUGCUGGUGCACCAAAAAUCAAUCUGUUGGUAGAAUUGGGUUCCAUGCUGUUGAACUAAUAUUUGGACUGAGCAUAUUUUGUUGUCAGUUGUAUAUGUUUUGUUGGGGUUUGCACACUUUCUGAAAUUCCUGUGAUAUGACUAGGCUUUUUUAUGUUGACUUGAAUUGUUGUUGGGGGUAGGGUUGGAGUGUAUUAAGAUAUAUUGAUGACCUGUUUCUUAGUGACUUUUUCUUGUCACUUUAAAAGCAAUCGAAAAUACAGACUGCAGAGCUGAUUAACCUCAAUACUUCACCUGUUCCUCUAUCUCGGACUCCAGACGCAAUGGAAAGAACAGGGAAGCAAACCAUGUCUCAGUUAAAACCUGAUUUUCCUCCAAAUGGCACCAAGGUGGCAAGUAAGUAGUUUAGUUUUCAUAAGGUUGGUGAAGAUUUCUGUUGCAAUUUAUCUUCCCUCUACUUUCUGAAAGAUUUUUAUCAAUACAUAGUAACGGUUUAAGUUUGAGACCGUAUUUUUCAUGGCCUAUAUGUUUAACUGUAUAAUCUUUUCAAAAAAUUAAAUAAAAAAAAAAAAAUCAAUAUUUCUAUUACACGAUACGUGUACUGGCUGAUAACUAACAUUUUAAAGUACAUUUUAAAUUAAAAUAGAAUUAUUUGAAUUAAGAUGGCAGUGUUAUAAUAUUGUCCUCUCUAUAAAAGUCCUUAUUAGAUGUUCUCUAACUAGCAUGGAACAGACUUAACACAUUCUCUGUUUCCACUGUACCAAUGGAAAAAAAUAAUUUUAAGAAACUCUUAUGAAGAUUGAAUAAAGCCUUUGUAAGGCCAUUGAUGAGCUCAGAAUUCUAAUUCCUUCAAAUCACACAUCUGUGAAAUUAGUGAUUAAUGCCUUCAGAAUGAAAAUCUGCCUAAUUGUUACCAGUAGUGCAUGUUUCACCAUCAGUUAUUCUUGGAAAAUUACUGGAAUCAGAGUCUGAGAAAAACGUUGAUUAAAAAUAAACCAUUAAGAGUUAGAUGCAGAACUUUUCAUGAUCCACAGUUCGUAGAAAUAUGCAUGUAAACGUGUGUUUCAGCAAUGGAAUUCUGUUUUAUGGACUGGAUCACACUUUUUAAAAUGUUUACCUUUUUUUGUAUUUGAAUAAGAGCUCAUGCAUUCAGCAUGUUCAUUUCCUCUGUUACGCAUGGAAGCCAGUGGCAUGGCCUGUGGUUGCUCCCGUAGGGACCAUUGGUAAACUUGAAAACAAAAAAAGCCAAGCACAACCAGUAUGUUUGUCUUAAUCUAUUUCAUUGGCUGUGUAUUCCAUUAGGAUUUCUGCUACCUUGAUACUAUUUUAUGAAUUUAUUUUUCUACAAUAGGUUAACUACACCUGAUAGACUUACAAUCUAUAAACUUUGUCAGUUCUGUAGGUUUUGAAUUUGACUUGUCCACUUUAUUUUCCUGUUAUCUUCACCAGUUAUAAAACCGUUUAGGGGAGAUUGUGUGUCGUGGGAUGCAUUUCCAUUUUUGGACUAUACCCUAAAAAGUACAGAUUACCCUAACCACUACAAAUAGUAUUUAAAGGGGAACUGUCAUUUUCCAGGGUGUAUUAUAUUAUGUUUGCUUAUCUUGUAUUUAACAAAUAAGUAUGUGUGAGGUGUAACAAAUAAAAUUAAAGGUAGAAUUCCACAACUCUUUAUUCUGCAACUAGACAUAUCUAUCUAGGCUUCCUGCCAGUUACGGUCAUUUGUUCUGUACUUUGCCCCUGCCAGCCAGCAUAGAAAAGAGGAGAAAUUUAAAAAAAGGUUUUUAUUUUUCCUCAUUAGCAAUUGUUUGCGCUUUCCUUUGCCUUGUCUUAAAGGACCACUAUAGUGCCAGGAAAACAUACUCGUUUUCCUGGCACUAUAGUGCCCUGAGGGUGCCCCCACCCUCAGGGUCCCACUCCCGCCCGCCUCUGGAAGGGGGAAAGGGGUUUAAACUUACCUUUUUCCAGCGCUGGGCUGGGAGCUAUCCUCCUCUUCUCCUCCCAUGCGGCUGAAUGCGCAUGCGCGGCAAGAGCUGCGCGCGCAUUCAGCCGGUCACAUAGGAAAGCAUUCAUAAUGCUUUCCUAUGGACGCUGGCGUGCUAUCACAGUGAGAAGCACGCAAGCGCCUCUAGUGACUGUCAAUGAGACAGACGCUAGAGGCUUUGGGGGAAGGCUUAACCCAUUCAUAAACAUAGCAGUUUCUCUGAAACAUAGAGGAUUCUCUGAAACUGCUGUGUUUAUGAAAAAAUGGGUUAACCCUAGCUGGACCUGGCACCCAGACCACUUCAUUAAGCUGAAGUGGUCUGGGUGCCUAGAGUGGUCCUUUAAAGGGACACUAGCCAGCCAUAUCACUCCAACUCGCUGAAGUGGUGUGGGUGCAGUGCGCCUGUUUCCUUAGCACUGCAAUGUGAAACAGAGGCGCUUCCUGAAGCUUUUGCAUGAGGAUGUCCAGCGUCUUUAAAAUCCCAAUAGGAAAGCAUUGAUUAAAUACUUUCCAAUGGGGAAACCCUAAUUCGUGCACGGCACUUGCAGCGCAUGCAAAAUAGUGUCCACCAUUGCCGUGACAUGAUAGGACGACACUGAGCCAGUGCCGAGAGAUCAUGGCACUGCAAUCAGGUAAAUAAUUUAAUGAGAGAGGGAAAAAAAUCAACUCAAGUUAAAGGUUUUUUUAAAUAUAUAUAUAUUCAAUUAUGUAAAAUCCAGAGGAGUGACAGAUCCUUUAUAAACUAUAAACUGUGUCUAGCCAUUUUAAAUGGUUUGACAAAAAAUUCUCUCUCCCAACAAUCCAAAGCUUGGCCCUCUCGAUGACAUGGCAUAAUGCAAAACGUCAGCAUUAAGCAUGUUAUGUAAAAAAUUGGCGUGCUUAAAGACCCAUUAGCCUCAUAGCCCCUCACAAUGAGUUGUACUGGCAGUGCUGCUUAGCGCUUUAAAAAAAAAAAAAAAAUGCUAGUUUUAUGUGAUUAAGUAUAUUUCUCUGAUGUUAUGAUUGGACAAAUAUAUAUUUUGAAACAAAAAUAUGUAUGAGACAUUUAUGUGGAACACUGAUUUCUCGGUUUCCAGCUCCCUACAAGGUACCCGCAUCCAUCAGCACAGAGGUUGCCAGUUCAUUGUCAGAAAAAAUAGCAGAUUCCCUCGCCAGCGACCGAAGUGGAGCGCCGUUAACAUCUGUUCAGAUUAACUUCAUCAAGAAUAUGAUUGAAGAAACACUUGAUGAUUUCCGGUAAUCUUAUUUAUUUUAUUUCAUACUAUAAAAAGGGUGAGGAUAGGGCACAAUGUUCGUGCUUUUUAAAUUCAUGAAAGUAACCAUAGAAUAGAACUACUCAUGCUAAAUCACAAAUGUAUGUAGUAUGGCCACUUAAGACUUGACUAAAGGAAAAAAAAAAAGCUUCAGUAUAAAAAAAAUUUAAAAAAAAAAAAUUUGGAAGCUGAGGGAGCUGCUCGAUUUUCUAUAGUUUACAAGUCUUUUAGAAAGGGAAUUACAUGGAAUAUAUCUCUGUAUUUUGUCUUGAUGUUGAAAUAACUAGUUUACCGUCUGAAUCUGCAAAUAUUGCAUUAUCUUGCUCAGAAUGACCUGAAAAACACUUACUAUAACUUGACACGACAGUCUACCAGAUGGGUUUGUGUCUGGAAGUUCUACACAAGAAAAGCAUCCGACAGUGGAGAUCUGUGACCCUUUCCAUCCUUGUGCAGUGUGAUAGUACUCGGGGGGGAUUCAUCUUAGCAAAUAGAAUUCUCGGCAGCUGUUGAGUCUGAAAGCCUGUGAACCACAUGUGUAAAUCUACAGAGCUAGGCACCUCAAGAGACCAUUCUCUUAAAAUAAAAUAGCUUGUCAAUAUUGUGACUUAAAUAUACGAUGCUUUAAUACGCUGGUGAGUCAGAUGUUAACUCAUCGUUAAAAUUGUAACCAUAUUAUAAUUUAACUAAAAUCUAAUACACUAAUAUAUUUGUAAUUUAUUUCCUUUGCAAUGAUGCUCUGCUCUCUGGCAAGUAAUAUUCUGCAGCAGUAUAUUAAACAAUAAAACCGCAAAAAUCGAAGGAACAAAAAAAAUAAAAUGUUGUCCUCCUAGGAGUUAAAAUACUGUAUUCUAUCAAAUAUAGUUUGUCUGGAUGUAAUAUCCCAUUUAUAUUUAAAUGCAGGAGGUUUAGAAAGCAGCCAGCCAUCUCAAAAUAGUCACGUAGGUUAUUGAUCCUCCACGCUAUGGUUAAUGGAUCAAAAAGAAGAAUGAAAACUCUUUGACAAGUGUGGCUUAAACUUAUGUCAAUCAUUUAAAGUACUGUCUGAAUUUCUUAUUAUUCUAGAAAUAUUUUGUUACCAAUAUUCUGAAUAUCAACGAUAUUCCAAUGUGGUCAAAGAUUUAUUUUUUUAAAUGUACACGGUCAAAAAUGGCAAAAAAAACAGGUCGUGCUAAGCAAAUGAUUACCAAUCUGUUUUUUGGACCAAGUCACACAAAUCUUUCUUUAUUUUUUUUAAAGGCACACCUACUAGCUUUUCUUUUUACUUUCAUUUGCAACCUAGAAACCAAAUUUAAUGGAUACCUUACUAGAGAGAGAUACAUUCUUCUAGCUAAAUUAACCUAUUCGUUUUAGUUCGUUGCCAGAUGGGAAUCCCAAUUGUAAUGCUGAAAUACUUUAAAAAAAAAAAAAAAAAACACACUUAAGGAUUCAACCUAUUGUAGCUCUGAAAUAAUUGUUUGUUAAACACUUCGAGGUGGCAUGAGGCACAAUGAUUGAAAAUCACUGCUCUACACAAAGUAACCACCAUACCUCAUUCUACUAGUUUUUAAAAUCUGUAUUGUUAUGACACUGCAAAUAAUAUAAUUUAUAAAUAUCACAAGAUUGGUAAACACUUCUAAAACAAUGUAGUGUGAAAUCAAAUGAAGUAAGUGUUAAAAUUCUUCACUAAAACAUACAAAGAAUAUUUUUCAUGUACCAAUGUAAAACUUCCCAAUGUAAUAAAAUUUAUUUACAUAAAGGAAAAGAUCAAAUGAAGCAAAUUAUAGGGCAACACUUUUCCACUGAACAAAGCUGCCUUCUAUAUAUAUAUUGAACUUACAAGAAUGUAUUGCAUUAUAAAAGAGCACAGAGGUUUGAAUGGCUGAAAACCGCCCUCACUAGAGUCUCUGGUUCCUCCCGUCCUUCAGAAUGGAAUAAAAGAUUAGCAGUUUUCGGUAUUCCUUAUGCAAUGUGGAGCUUGUAUACACCGAACCUCGUUGCUUAUGUUUUGUGUAGUCGCAGUUAGAAUUCAGCAGCAGUAGCCCUUCCUAAAAUGCCGACCAGUUUCGUUAUGGAACGAUUUAUUAGCCAAUGGGAUGUAACCUAAAGGUAUUUAACUAACCAGUGGGAUUAAAGUGACACUGCAGGACCAAAACAACAUAUACAUGAAGUUAUGGUGUGAGGAUGCCCCUCGAGGCACUAGAAUGGUUUAGCCCCAAAGUUGACUUUUCAGAUUCAGUAAAUGUGGAGUGUGGUCAGGCAGGGGUGCCACUGAUUGGAUGAGAAAAACCCAUUUACUAAACUGGCUUGGAAAGAAACAUUUAGAUGAAGUUGUUUUUGUGCCUUGAGUGUCCUUUUAAGUCGAUUAGCACAACUUUAUUUCUCAAGACCAGCUAAUUAUUAUAAUUUUUUUCUCUUUGAAAAUAUGUCUUAGAACAAAGGUUUCAUGUCAUUUUUGAAUGGUCUUUGAAGGGACUAGUGGUAAAAAAAGGUUCCUUGGUAUUCUACCCACUGGAGCUGUUGUAUUUAAAUAUUUAUUUUUGCAUGUUUUCAUUUUUAUUAUUGUAUUGUGUAAUUUAGAAUUUUUACAUCCAUCUCAAGUAAACCAUACCUUACCUAUACUUUAUCUUUUAGGGAAGCAUGUCACAGAGAUAUAGUGAAUUUGCAAGUGGAAAUGAUAAAACAGUUUCAUAUGCAGUCGGUAUGUAUCAAAGCAUGUUAUGUGAUCCACCUGUAAUAAACUAUUAUAAUAAAAGAAACUGACAGAUUUUUAAAGGAUUUCCAUCACCUGAAAAUCGCUUUAAGUGCACACAUUCAAAAUGAGAUUCGUCUUGGUUUAAUAAAGUUUGCUGUAAUUGCCAUUAGACUGGGUUUUCUGUGAGGAGGUGGCCAUCCUGGAAUUGCAUUGUUUUAGUUUCAAGAUGCACUUCAAACUCUAAUUGAGCUUCUCAUAGAUAAUCAUGUGAAAUACAGUAAAGUAAAAAGCACAAGCAAAACAUUAUUUUUUUUGUUUUUUUUAAUAGAAUUCUGUUGUGUGCUUCCAAUUUAAGCUACUAUUGUCCUUCCCUGAAAAAAGACAAGUAUUAUUGGAAACCAUUCAACUGAUGGCUGAAAUAUGGGAAAUGUUUCCAACAGUUUAACCGAUGUCGUAACAAGGCUCUGCAUUUCUAAACCUGUUUGCAAAUAAUGAUUGAUUAUUAAGACAAAAUAACACUUAAAUUCAGCAUUUUAAAAUAAAUAAAUGCAAAUACAGCCGAUACAUUAAAAAUUUUUAAUAAAAUUAGCAACACAUUCUACAGGCAGAAUGUAAAGCACUUUCAAUUGCACAAAGAAGCAUUUUGAUUGCAUAGCCCCUUUAAUUCCAAAAUAACGAUAUGGUUUCUUAAAUCAGGAUUAAUGCCUGACUGACCCAGUACAGCGUGCUGCUUGUUACUCAUUAUAAACCUUGGUUUUGCUGCUGAACCUUUGCUAUAUUACAGACAGUACCCUAGUACGUAAAAUGGAAAUUAUUGUUCCAACAACUAUGUGACCCAAAACUGUCUUUCUGUUUUGUUUGACUGUAUUGAAAAUAACAAAAGACUUGAAAUAUUUGUACUUUUUUUUUUUUUUACAUUGUUCAAAUGGAAACACAACUAUAUUGUGUUAAUCUGUAGAUAUAUUUCAAUAUUAAAUGUGCUGGUGGAAGCAACACUCUAAAGACAUGCUGCUUCAGCAUUUGUAGGGGGAAAGAAUUGUCGCAAUAAAACUUAAUAUGUGCAUAGCUGUGAAAUAAAGUUAUUAAGGAAGUGUAAAACUCGCCUUAUAAGUUUCUUGUAGGCGUUUCAGCUAAUAUUAUUUUAAUGGCUUACACUGCCGAACGGAAGGUUCAUUUCACAGUGUGUAAUAAAACAGGGAUGUUAAGUUGUUUUUUUUUUUUUUUUUUUUAAACCCACAAAAAUCCUGGUGCAAUGCAGGAAUUGUAAAGACAGUUCUGUUCUAUGGCAAUCUCCAAAACGCCCUACUAAAUAGGAAAAACCUUUAUUGAUUAUUUUCUGUUCCAAUGUUAUAUAUAUAUAAUUUUUUUAUUUUAGCACUAGUAAUCACUUUUGAUGAUCUUUUUGUACAUACGUCAUUUACUUAUGGGUUACUUGUUCCCACUUAUACUGUUCUACUUACAUUAUAACUUCUUGAAAAGAGGAAUAAAUAAUUGUUUAAAAUAAAUAGAAUAAGAGGGUCACAAAAAAAACAAGGUCUUCUUAUUUCUGCAAUACAUUAUUUAAACAUGAACCAGAAGCCCAUCUAAAAAAGAAUGUGAGGAGGUUGUCAGAUUUUAUUAUCUUGAGCUGUUACGUUGCAGGCAGAAAGUUGUUCUUCAUUGUUUUCGGAAAGCAGACCUCCCAUGACACUCGCAUUUAUUCCCUGGUUUUAAAACUUUCAUUGUAAUCAUUUCUUGUGUCUGCUGCUCUGCACCUAAUAUAAAUUAUUGCCAUAAAUAUUACCUGCCGUUUUAUGUUCUCGUGUACCAGGUAGUUUUCUGAUUUGACAGAAGGGAAAGGUAAAAUAGUUUUUUUUCCUCUGGAAGUAUCCAUGCAUGGUCAGUGUUGGUUAUCAGCAAGGUUACUGGCGGACAGUGAAAUUCUUACUGUCAGUGCACAGGGAGCCUUACAUUUAUAUAAGAGAACCAAAGGAGGGGAUAGGUUCUCUUUAUGUUUUGCGUACAAAUCCGUCAACUUUAAUCUAGGACAGAGAAUGCAUGCUGGUCAUAUUUUUUUUUUAUUUUAGUUUAGUGUGAUAACCAUCAUUUUAAACAAAGACACUCUUCAGUUUUCAGUGUUCCUAGGGAGCCUUAGUAAGCCAAAUGAGCUAAAUACAGAGCAGCAAGACAUAUAACAUUAGCUACACCAGUCAUAGCUCUAUAGGAACAUCCAAUGAAAGUGCACACUUCAGAAAUAGACCGGAAUCUGCACUAGUAGCAACUCAGGUAAUAACAAGACCGUAACAGGCUGAGUCAGGAAAUAUGAGCUGCCCACAGAACUUUCAGUCAAAUUAGUCUGUUUUCUUUUAGUCCAUUCUAAAUGCUGAAAUUGUUACCUUAAAAUGGUAGAAAAGUAUGUAAGAGUUAAAAAAAAAUCCUAUCACAGUGUUCCAUUAAACAUGACUGCUCAGGAUAAAAUAAUUUUUUUUUAUGCAAUGCAUAAUACAAAUUCACCACGAAAUGCAUUUAAAAAAAAAAAAAAAACUUGCUUGUGUUAAAAGUUUAAAUACAAUGAUUAAUAGCUCCUUAAAUAUUCCUCUUUAUGCUAAUUUGUUCCUGCAUGAUCUAUUUUCAUGUCCUAAUUAUUAAUUGUGCGCAUUUUUUCUCUCCAUGGCAUAAAGUAAUGAUUAUAAUGCAUUUAUUUUUAUUUAUUUUUUUAACUCCUGUGCAUUUUUAAUUACGGAUACAUUUCUAAACUUCCACUUUUUCCCCUCCCUUUCUAUUCAGAGUGAAAUACACAUGUUACUUGAACGCUAUUCUGUCAACGAAAGUUUGGUCGCUGAAAUUGAAAAACUUCGGGAGGAGAACAAAAAAUUACGUGCUAACUUUUAAGAGGAUACUUUGUGUAAUAUGCAUUUUGACUGUUUCAUGCUAUAUGGACUGAGUAUUUUUUUUUUUUUCCCCUGAAUAUCUCAUCAUGUCCGGAUUAUAAAGCUUUGAGUCUCUGAAUAUGGAGCAUUGCACUACUUGGCAAGGGAACAUUCUCUUUCCCUUUCUGCCAUGCAAAGGUUAAACAUGCCUCUAUCGCUCUGAAAUGCGUUUUUUAUUAAUAAAGCAACAGUGUCAUCUGUUGUAUGCAAUCAUACUUAAAGUAUCUUAAAUUUUACUUAAAUGACACCAGCAGCAGCAAGCUUCCAAAAGAAUUCACAGCAGGAUGACAUACAUUGCCACUGAAUCAAAAAAAAAAAUGCAGUUAUCAAGUGCAUUUAUAUGUAGUGUUUUCCUAUUCUACCGUUCUAGCACUUAAUGUUUUGUAUUUUUACUUUAUGGUGAUUAUAUACGCCUGGGACAAAGUUCUAAAGGUGGACCAACUUGGCACACGUAUUCAAUUGGAUUAAAUGAUGAUGGCUUUGUUUAUUGAAGAACUUUCUCCAGAACGACUGCUAACCCACAUCUUCCAGUGCCAAGCAAUCCAUAACUUUGUAGCACAGGUGAAUACAAUUUCGGAACUGCAGUUUAGUCUGAAAAAUAUUUUGGGAAGCUUUAUUUGUAUACCCAAGUGCCUCUUUUUUUACCACAGAAGAAUUUUUUUGACUUUUUUUUUUUUUUUUAAAGUAAAGGGACUUUUUCAAUCUUGAGUUGACAUACAGGUUUUUUUUAAAGAAGUAUUUUCAUUAGUUUAAGAUUAUCAAUAGAAAGAAUGAAUCCUUGCAUACGUGUGUAUAGUUUUAAAUAUAAAUUGUAUUUAUUUAGAAAAAUAAAGUAUGGAUCUAAUGGUAUCAAGGAGUUAUCAAGUUUUUGAAUGCUUUAUUUUCCUAUUUUGUAACAGAAUUUACAUAUCACAUUUUUUUUUUUCACUGAGAUAUUUGUACAUUUUAUUGUAUAACUUCUAUUUGUUUUUUUGGUUUUGGCUUGUUAACUAAAAAUUGUCAGCAAAGUAAAUUUCUUACUUGUUCUGGCGCGUUGUUUUCCUUUUUAAUUAACCCAAAUCUCUUAUUUUCAAAUCUGAUAUGGAAAGUAAUUUUAUUGAAAUGGUAAAUAUAAAUGCCAUUUUAAUCUUCUUCAGCGCUACAUCAAUAUUAUGUAAUAAGCGACGAAACGGUACUAUGGCUAAGUCUGAUUGAUGUCUAGUGAAGCAUGAUAACAAAAAUUAAAAAGGUGUACCUAGAGAAUCACAGCCCUUUUAUAUUCGUGAUAUUAAAUCAUUGGUUGAUUUAAUGACCUUGAAUUUUAUUAAAAUGCUUUUAUAUUAAGUCAUGGUGAUUUUGCAGUUGUACCUUUUUAAACGUUUGUGUGCUAGUUACUUUUAC